GCGGCGGCGCCGUUGCCGUGAGCGUCAGUGUUGUUGCCGGAAGUUAAGAUGGCGGCCUUCACCGCGGAGACGGACCUGGUCACGGGCUGGUGCCUCUUCGGCCUCGCUUUGCUGGUAAGCUUGUGGGCUUUUGCGCCCCAUGGGAAGAGUGGGGCGAGGACCUGGCCCGACCCCCGCCUCAAAGGGCUCUUUUCAGUUUAGAAAGGGAGGAGAGCAGGCGAAUUAUAUAAGGCUCCGUGGUUUCCACGCUUUCACCCUGUCCCGCCUGUCCGUAUACUGGGAAGCAAGCCAGGCUCACUCUCAAGUUAAGUUUGCAUAGGCUGGCAGCCGUCGUUGCUUAGGGCGCGUAAGAGAAACGACGUGGCGCAAUGUACCUGUUUAGAAAUAAAAUUUGCACCCAUGGGAUUUGCUUUCUAGGAAGCGAGUGAAAAACUGCGCAAGCCGAAGUGCUCGGGAGGAAGAGAAUCGAGCAAUAAUAGCCAAAUAUCGUUACCUUGUUUUCCAGCGGGUGCGGAAAGAGCCCCUAUAUAUGUGUGCGUGUCUCCUUGUAGGUUUCCCAGUUAAAGCCACCUUGUCGUUAAAGUGUAAGGUGGGUUAGGCGUCCCUUUUUGCACCCUUCCUUUACUGAUCCUGUCAUCCAUUCGGGAGGCUAGAGUAGCAGGGGUGACUGGCAUUAUGCAAAGUAAAGUGGCAUUAGGACAGUACUGCUCAGGGCUGCAUGUAGCAAAUACAGUGGUACCUCGGGUUAAGUACUUAAUUCGUUCCAGAGGUCCCUUCUUAACCUGAAACUGUUCUUAACCUGAAGCACCACUUUAGCUAAUGGGGCCUCCCGCUGCUGCGGUGCUGCCGGAGCACGAUUGCUGUUCUCAUCCUGAAGCAAAGUUCUUAACCUGAAGCACUAUUUCUGGGUUAACGGAGUCUGUAACCUGAAGCGUAUGUAACCCGAGGUACCACUGUAAUAACACUUGCAGGUAGAGUUUGGUUUAUAGCCCUUUACUCUGAUGUGCAAUAAGAAGGGAGUGUUUGUUUUUGUUUUGCAUUGGUAAGCAUAUGAAAUUUAUACACCAGUCUUGAAAUGGUACUGUCUAGAAUUCUUCUACUUGAGCAUACUAGUAUGGAAAUGUAAGGUCUUGAGAAGGGGAACUGUUUUUCUUUCUCCUGCCCUGUUUUAAGUACCAGAUGUAUUGAUGGUAUGAAAUAAAUAAUCCCUACCUUGGCUUGCAAUGAGGGAGUGUGGAACUGAUGAAAGAACUUUUUGUACCUGCUUAAGGCUUGUGUAUAUCGCAUAUGCAAAUGUCCAAACUAAAUAGCACCCCAUGGCUCAAUAAUUUCCAUUGCUAAUACAGUCUAAGAUGCCCACUCUGCCCUUCAGCAUGCAUUACAUGGCCUUUUAUUGCCAAACCUCUCUACAGAUCUUCAGUGAAUAUUGAGAGGACAUACUAGGAUUACAUUAACCAUUUCGGUGUGGCAAGCAUCUACAUAGAACAUUACAUUUCUGCAAAUGUAAUGUAUGUUUGCACAACAGGUGCCUUAAAAAACUGGGCUACGCAUGCACAAUCCCUGUGUGAAUGUGAAGAGGUCUGUGUGUGUGUAUCUGAGAGAGAAGUAGGGAGCACUGUAGAUGGUAGUAGCAGAUUUGGGGAGUCUAGAUUUAGUGGACAGAAUGGGCAACCACACAUGCAUGGGUCAGGCUUUGUUUGGGGUGUCUGGGAUCUCAGUUUUGUUUUAUGACUGUGACAGAGGACCUGCAGUCAGUGCUCUCCCCCGCCCUGAAAAAUAGGUGUCAGUACUCACCAUGAAGUUGUUACAGUAAGUGCCGCACUUUUUAACAACAGAAAAGAGAUGUUGGUACUGUCUACCUUUGAGUACCCCCUUAAAAAAUGCAUUUCCUGCAGUCAUAAAGCUUCCUGUGACCAAAUAAGUAGAACUCUGGACAGUCCAAAAGAGCAAGUGUGAGAGCCAGUCUGGUGUAAUGGAUAGGAUAUUCGAUUUAGACAAGGGAGACUUGACUCGCUGCCCUUAGCUAACCUUGGGCAACCAAUCAUUGUUACAUCAUAGAUUUGUAAACAAUGGGAUAACCCUACAUAAGUCACCCUGAACUAGAUUAAGAUCAUGUUGGUUUCAAUUUGGCUGAAAGUUUACCAAUCUGUUAAUAAAUUUACAAAUGUUUUAGGAGUUCAGGGUAGCCUUAUGUGUGUUACCUUAUUGGUAACAAUCCUGGUAACAAAUGGGAAACUUGCUGUUACAAGGUAAAAUAGAGUCCUGAGGUAUUCAGUUACCAGUUGUAAGAACUGACUCAUUACAUUAACAUUCAGAUAAGAUAUGAAGCUGGUUAAAAUAGAAGCCUUACAAGUGUUGAAUCUGCACUUAAAAAUAAUGGCUUUGUAAUUUUCUAACCCACUGCUGCAUCUUGUUGGGGGGAUGAAAUGCUGACCUGGUGAAAGGGAAAAUCUCAAAAGAAACACAAUUAAAAAUCUGUCCAUAGAGAGUACAUACCUUUGCAUGGAUUUUGUUUUUGUAUUGAGAAAUAGGAUUAUGGCAAGAAUAUGAUUCUUUUACUGGGUUGUAGUAACUUCUGUAUUAUUAUUUUUAGGUUAUCCUGAUAUUCUGCUGGGUUUAUGUCCGCAAGUACCAGAGCAGACGUGAAAGUGAAGUAAUCUCUACUAUAACAGCUAUUUUUGCUCUUGCAAUAGCACUUAUUACAUCAGCACUUCUGCCAGUUGACAUUUUUCUGGUUUCUUAUGUGAAAAACCAAAAUGGGACAUUCAAGGUAUGUAUUGAUUACCCCUUCCAGCUACUUAAAAUAUAUUCAAGUGGGCUGCAGUGAUAAACACACUUAGUAGGGGAUAAGCCCCAUGAAAAAUGAGACCAACAACAAAGACAAAUGAACAGGAUUGGUUUGUUGAUUGGGCAAUAUUGUAUCUUCUAAUUAUUCAGUCUCCUAACGUAUGGCUAGAAGAUCAGGCAUUCUAUCAAGUGUGACUACUCCAUCUCCUUUGAGCUUGCACACUGUUUACUCUUCCCAUCCCUUUUGAACAUUACCUUGUGCAGUGUUAUGUCUGCAUUGGCAUGCCAAUAGCUACACUAAUGUUUGUUAGCUUCUUAAAUAUUGAAACCAGGAAGCUGUUUGAUUUAACUAUUGGUAAUUAUUUUAACGCUGGCGCAGACACAACAGUGCACUAUAGUUAGUUCUAACACGAAAGGGUGGGGAAGGAGUUACGUACAAACUUGAGCUGAGGGAUAAACAAGGCAUGAGCUUUCAGCCUCCUAACCAUAAUCAGCAGAUUGUGCAAUGUUAUCUCUGAACCAGGCCCACAUGUCAAAUAUCAUAAAACUACAUUUUCAACAGGAAGAGGGCAGCUGUAUUACAAAAUGUGCAGUGUCACUGAAUGUAAAAACAAUUGCUUCUCUUUCCAGCCUUGUACAUACAAGUAAGGCAUGUUAGGAGAGCUGAAGCAGAAGGAUCAGUUAGUGUUUGGCACUGAUUCAGCAUUGGAAUUUUGUAUGUUUUAUUACCUGAGUUUGGUUAAAAACAGGAUUAAUGGCAGUAAUGUUCUGAAUUUGUUUUUAAAGGCAGUGGGUUAUAUAAACUUCUUUCUUUUUGUGUGUGUUUGUUUUCCAUAUGUAUAUAUUAAAACCAUAAAUUAAUAAAUAGAAAUGGUACUGCUUGUUAAAAAGGCAGAAAUAACUUAUUGAAGUGACGAUAACUUGCAUAUCACAUAUGACUAAUCUUAAAUUGGCAUGGUUUGUCCAUUGUUGGAGUAUUACUGCGUGUGUUGCUCAUUUGUACCUAUUCACUGUGACAGGAUAUAUUUUUAUCUAAGAUACAUACAUCUUCCAGGUUAUAGCCAGGGCUAUAUGAAUUACACUCCUUGCAAGUUAAGUUGUGUAGUGGCUUAUUUUUCCUAAUGUGAAUUCCAAGAUCCAUGUUUCUUCCAAUAAUAAUAAUAAUUUAUACCCCAGCCAUUCUGGGCAGCUCCCAACAGAAUAUUGAAAACAUGAUAAAGCAUCAAACAUUAAAAACUUCCCUAAACAGAGUUGCCUUUAGAUGAUUGGAAAUACGAAUUUUUGGAUAGGUAAGGGUAGAAGGAAGGGAAUUUGUCUUGAGAAAGGAUUAAGGAGGUGCAUAUGACAUGGAAAGUCAUCAUCGGAUUAUUUGUGAUCUAGCCCACUCUGGGACUUCAGUUGCUGUGCUAUAUGUACAAUUAUUAUAAACUCAUUUCCCCCCUUUAUGAAUUUUAGAAGCAUCUGAAACUUAAGAUGCUAAAUUCUGAUGCCUUUAACAUAUUAAAUUCUAGAUUGUGUUAAAAAUUGCAGUAAGGGGAAAAAAAUGUCUUUGGGUUGUUACAAAACUUCUGCAUUCAGUCUCUGUGCCUAUAGCCAUAGCACCUGAAAUACAUCUUUGAAAGACUAGCGGCCCAACACAGAUAUAGAUAUACACAUAUUUACAUAUUUGUCCUACAUGGAUGCCCACCUCAAAUCUUUUAAGGGCAAGUUGUAAUUUGAAUUUUUCUGUGGUUCAAUUAUAGCCACAGUUGCAUUAUGGAAAAGCAAUGGGUCUCUUAAAGUGUUAUCCAGCCUGGAGUAAGAAUGGAUUGUGCGGGAAAGGAUAUAAAUUCCAGUUCCCAUCUGUUAAGUUUAAACUGUUGCAAUAGUCCCUUCCAUUCUCCUAGGUCAUCUUAUUUCUUCCAUUCCUGUAAGCACAUUCAGUCUAGCUUUUUAAUGUGAAUCCUAUUAAAAUCACCCCCCAGAAGUAAUCCCCCUUCUCUAAAAGGGAAUAAACUACUCAAUAUGUUACUUUAAAAAAAGAAGAAGUUUGAUUAACAUACCUGCUGUAGUAGUGGAAGCUCAUGUUGGAGUGCUGAUGGAGAAUGACAGGUGUCUUUUCCCUAAGGAAAAUACUGUUGUCCUGCUUCUUUCUGUUAUGGAGAAAUUUUUGUUGUGCCAUGUUCUUAGUGUGGCUUCACUUUGCACUUGGAGGUAGUAGAAGGUACAUAGUGGAAUAAACACAUCCCUUCUUCCCUAACAUAGUACACAACAGUUCUUUUCUAACUCCUGAGCAGUUCUGCUUCUAACACUAGCAUCCCCCCGCCCCCAUUAGCUAUAGCAGUCUCUCUGGCUGAAUCAACAUAAACCUGUAUGGUCACUCCUGUGUCAAAUGCUGUGUUUGUCAAGGUUACUUUCAGAACCCUCAUUUCAUUGGAAACAGGGUCUUGUAAACUUGAUGUAAAGAUAUGAAGUGACUCUGAAUAAAGGGUGCAAAGAGGCUCUGAAUAAAGGGUACAAAUUAAAAGUAGAAUGUUGCCUCCCAGUGCCACAUUAAGUACACAUUUUGUUUACUUAACAGCCAUAGUGCUGUAUCUAGUAAUGUUGGGUAUGGCUUAUUCAGGCACCAAGUGAGACGUUGAAACCAGGAUUCUCCAGUGUCUUAUGCCUUACAGACUGUGGAAUGGAGGUGGAAAGUAGACGUGCGUGUUUUAAGUAUUUUGUUUAUUCAGAAAGAGCUCAAAUUAAGCAUACCUGUCCACAUUCUUCUGAGCAAGUGAUCUACUUAAACACUUUUGGCAGGCAUCCACAGUUAAAAGUCAUCAGGGGCAAGUGCCCAUGGACGUUUGCAAGCAGCCUCUGACAGCCUCUGCAACUGCAAUUUGGAGAAGGGAUGACACAGCUGGAAUGUGACCGGCGGGUCCUGUCCCUGCACCUUUUUCCAAACUGCAAGACAGUUGAGAGAAAAGUCUGUGCUUAUUUCAGAGCUUGGAAGAAAGGUAGUCUGGUGUCUUUUGCAUGGAUGUUCAGAGAAGGAAAGAAAUAGGGAAAUUUCUGCUGUUUUAUCAUUCUCCAAAUUUUUGAGAAGAGUUCUUCCUCAAAUCCAAAAGGCAUGGCAGAAAGGUGAGGAUUUCUGACCAGUGGUUUGGAUAAGAUAAGAUAAGCCACAGGAAUCUUUCCAUACCCCUGUGCAAGAGAAGCAUGCUCUGCUUCUCUAUGCUUGCCAGAAGAAGAGAUGAAGUCUUCUCUCAUUUGUUCAGCAGUUUGGACAUGUAAGCCAUUUCUGCCAGAGUCCUGCUUUUUCUAUCCUUCUCCAUAGUGGAGUGCAAAUGAGAGAAUCCUUGUCUCUGAACAUGUUAGUGGAUUUGGUUUGACUGGGUUGGUAGUGAGGACAGAUGGAGGCAGACUGCCAGCCAAGCUUCUGUUUGUGGACCCUGGUUUUUUCGGGCAGUACUGGAGCUUGGAAGGGUAAUAACGUGCAGUAUUCAAAAUCAUUCUCCCUCUAUUAGUAGCUGGAUGUGUGCUGCACAUGUACUGCCCUGGCCUUAACAGAUUUGACAGCCAUUGUUGAGAUGAACAUUUGGGGCAGGGGGAUAGUCAAUGUGAUGUUGUUGUGGGCUACAGCUUUCAUCAGCUCCACCCAGCCUAGUUUGGGGGAUAGACCACAUCCCUGUCAACUGGAUGAGAGGAAUGAGGGCAAACCAGUGUAAAUUAAUAGAUACGGUUGUGGGGGUUUUUUGGUCUAUUUUUAUCAUUUCAGAUAAGAUUAUUACUUCCCUGGAAUGACUCCAGUGCAAGGUUUUAGAUAAAUAGGGUUCUAGUGGUUAGAGUGAUUUUUUGUUGCUGUUAGACUUACUCACCCCUCCUCAGGUCAUAACAGUGACUGCUUUAGAAAUGGAAUUUCAUUGAGUUCUUGCUAAUGUAGCAACAUUUGAUUCUUUACGAGAUAGAUUAUUUGAAAGUUGAAGAGGUCAGCAGAAAGUUGAAGAGAUCAGCAACUAUGUACAGUGGUGCCUCGCAAGACGAAAUUAAUCCGUUCUGCGAGUCUCUUCGUCUUGCGGUUUUUUCGUCUUGCGAAGCCCGGCUAUUAGUGGCUUAGCGGCUAUUAGCGGCUUAGCGGCUAUUAACGGCUUAGUGGCUUUAAGAAAAAGGAAACAAACUCGCAAGAACUCGCAAGACGUUUCGUCUUGCGAAGCAAGCCCAUAGGGAAAUUCGUCUUGCGGAACGACUCAAAAAACGGAAAACUCUUUCGUCUAGCGAGUUUUUCAUCUUGCGGGGCACCACUGUAUAAAUAUAUUUAUGCAUGCAUUAUGUGGGAACUUAUCUGGGAACUGCAAGCCAUAUUGCUUUACAUUGUAAAUGUCUAUGGGUGUCUGACUGAGCCUUAAAAGGAAAUAAAGAUAUUUAGUAACAAGUUAUUUAAUUGCUUUGGGUGUGGAAGAUCACAACUACUAUGGCUGAAAAGUAAUCUGUUUGUACUGAAUGGUUCUUCUUCAGUAAGAUACACCAAGUUCAGCUGUCGUCUCUGUAGCGCAACUCUUCAGAGGAGAGGGAAAGUAGAAUGAAGGGUCUUAAUUUCAUUUGUUGAGGUGAUUCUUUCAAGUUCAGUCGCCCAUCUACAUGUAUGCGAAGCAGCAGAAGUUGAUAUUUGAAAGUAGUUAUUGUAUACUGCUUACACAAAUUGCUAUUUAAUGUAAUAUUGUUGUUUUUCUUCCUCCAUCAACAUUUCCAGGCUUGGGCAGAUCCAAAUGUUACAAGGCAAAUUGAAGACACAGUAUUAUAUGCAUAUUACAGUAAGUAUUAUAAAAUAACACUCUUUAUGUUCAGAUCAUGUAGUUUUGUGGCGUAUUUCAUGUGUAUACUAGUUUUUAAUUUUAAAUUGUGGUUUUUGCUAUGUUCUGCUACUUCACAUUAUUUUUUUCUGGCUAUCCUGUGAACAGGAGUGCUUUUGUUCUCUAAAGGUCUUCUAUUAGCCAAAGGGGCUGUGAUCCCUAGAGGCUUCCACUCUUGGAAUAGGAGAAACAAUUUGCAGUGAUUUUGCCCCUUACCUCUCCAGCUUUCUGUGUCACCUCUCCUACCAUUCUGGAGGUAUCAACAGAUUUCAGAUGCUACAAGUGAAAUCACAGGAAGUUGUCUCCCUGUACUAUAAAAGUGAGAUCCGUGGAUCCAGCACAGUUAAUAAAGAAACUAUUCUAAUGAAACAGUUCCAUUCAUAUUGGUGUAGCAGUGAUAGCAUGCUCUGCUCAGUGCACAAAUUCAGAAGAAAAGCAAUGACUGAAAUGUGGCAAGUUGUAUUUGGUACAAAAUUAUACAAUGAUAGUGCAGAUCAGUGCUAUACUAAAGGCUUUGAAUAGGUUCAGAGGAACAUAACAUCAACAGAGGAUGUAAUAGGAUUGCUUUGCAUAUGGCCGAUCACUCCAUCCGAAACUUAAUUCUGGCCAGGGCAGAAGAGAGACAGUUCGUUCUUGUUUUCUCCUGAUCCAUCUGGUGUAGCAGAAGAGCCCAUGUUGAACUCCUUUAUUGGAACUUUAAUGGCCUAGGAUCCAGCAGAUCCUUGACUGAACCAACGCUACCAUACUCCCUGAAACACCUUGUUUCCUUGUUUCCUCUGUGGCAGCCGAGCCCCUGUGGAGGCCUGUGGACAGGGUUGGGGUAUUGUUUAUGGGUGUGGGGGUUUUUUGGCGGUGGGGUGUGUGUUGCUGUUAUUGAUAUUAAUUUUUUGUAUAUUUAUUUUAGAUCUUAUUAUGAUUUAUUUAGUUGUGUACUUUUUGAUACUACGUGUUUUGUUUAUGUCAGAUUUUGUUAUGUUUGUAAUUAAGGGUUCUUUCCCCCGUGUUGUAGGCAACCUUGAAUAUGGUUUUAACUAUGGAAAUGCAGCAUACAAAUAAAAUUAUGUAUGUAUGUAUUUCUGUUGGCCUCCUAACCCGCUUCUAGAAACAUGCAUUGGGAGUUCUGAUUGGUCCCUUAAUCAGAUCAAUUGUUCAUAAAAUUUAGAACGUUAAACACUGACUUUCUUCAAGACUUCCAGUAUCUCAUUAAAAGAUCUUGAGAGGCCUUGCUUCCUGAGAUCUUUAGCGGAAAAUGACAGAUAUUGAACUUGGUUCUUUAUACAUAUCAUUCUGCCACUCGUGUCUUCUCUCUCCUCUUAGUUUCAGAAUUGUAGUGCAUUGGGCUGCCAUACGGUAUUAUUUAGGAAAGGCAGAAAAGUUACAUCAGAGGUUGCCAUAGUGGUGCUCUCUAGAUGUUGUUGGGCUCCCGGCUCCCAGCAAUCCAAGCCAGCAUAGCCAGUGGUCAGGGGUGAUGGAACUUGUAGUCCAUUAAUAUGGAGGACACCACAUCAGCUGUCUCUGAUGUGCAGUAUUCAAAUUAUCUCUUUCCUUAGAUAGCAGUCUUAACGUCAUUUGGUUAAAAUUUCUGAAAUGGCAUAUUAACCUCCCAAGUAGUAGCUUGCAAUGCGAUAUUAUUUUGUGUUACUUUUACUAAAGUUCAGAAAAAGCUGAUGGCAUGUUAAAUUAUAGAAUGUAGAAAAAUAUUUUCAAACAUUCUUAUUUCAUUCUAACAUGUGCUCAGCAGGAUGCUUGCUCAUAUGCUGCCAAAUAGUUUAGUAGAGUUGCUUCUGGACAUCAGCAUCCUUGAUUUAAUCUUGGCCUCGCUUUGCAGAUGUCUGCAUUUUGGUCCCCUGCUAGGAGAAGUAUUUAUUAAAAAUACCCCUUUCUAGUUAAGGAAAUGACAUCCCACAGUAAGGGGAGAAUUCUUCAACGAAAGACAUGUUCCAGUUUGCAUAAUGUGACUUUGAUAGGGUUUCUUUAUGGGAGCAUGAUGAAAGAAGUGUGGUUCCCUUCCUGAACAUGAAGAAAAAAUAUUAUUCUGCUGUACUAUGAAUUCAUUACAUGUCAGUAGCUGGUUAUUGUUGGAAAAGGAUGUCUUACCUAAAUUCUAUUCACCUUUCAGCUUAAGCAUAACAUGGCACAACAGUUUUUUACUUACAGGAGUAAAUGAUGCAAUAAGGUUAACCAUAACAUUCUUCAGAUGGAAGUUAAGAGGCUUCCCUUCUUACUGUGUUGUUGUUUUUGUUUUAACUGUUUAUUUAUGCUUUUACCUUGUAUUUUUAUCUUGUAAACCACCCUGAGAUCUUAUGAUGAAGGGUGGUAUGCAAGUCUAAUAUAAUCAAUCAAUUGAUCGAUCGAUUGAUUUCCCCAACAGAGGUAAUCUUUCUUCCAUUCUAGAUUCCCCCUCCUAGCAGGAUAAAUUCAGAACCGUAGUCUUUUGCCAUUCUUAACAAAGCCGUUUUCUCUAAACUUGAAAAUAUUUUCACUGCUGAAGCUUGUAUACCUGGGAAAUGGCUUGUGUGUGCUGCAUGAUCUGUCAGAGCCAUAGCUGUUCAGAUAAUGUGUUGCAUGUCUCCAGACAGAAGCGUGACCUGUGGAUUAGUAGGAGAAGCCUUCCUAAUUUUCCAGUGUAAUACUUAAUGUAUCUAGCAUAAAGCUAAUAGGCUAAAAAUGUAAAGUACUCACCCACCUUUAUUCACUGGUAAUGUGAAACUCUUGUGGAAAGCCUAUUCAUUUGAGACUCUAAAGUGCUGACUCUUGAGGCUUUUAAGCUAUUGAAAUAAUGGAAUACAAGUAAGGGAAAUAAAACUAAGUUUCUAGUGAGUACUUGAAGCUGCUUUAAGAAAGCCGUAUAUUUCCUACUCUAGAAGCAUUAUCACACACACUUUUAUUUUAGAUAAUAAAGUUAAGUGUCCCCAUCUUGAGGGAAAUAUUUUGUAGUCUGUAGGCUUGAUGCUGUUGCACAGACCAACCUCCAGAUGGAGCUAAUGAUUUAAGUAUAAAUAGAAAGCAAUUCUAAAUGUGUCAGAUUAAUGAGGUAGGCACCAGGUGCCCAGGCAUUCUGUAUGAGCGGAACCAUGACUUCACAAAAUGGCUACCAAAAUGUACAAAGGUAUAAAUGGUACUAAAUGUAAAUCAAACCAAAUAGUUCCUAUCAUAGAUAAAGCUGAAAGCAAAUCUCUCUCCCCCCACCCAAGGUAGAAAAAAAUACUCAGAAUAUCACACAAUUUUUUUAUUUGAACACUGUAGCCUGACCACUUUUGUGGACAGUUUCCUCUGUAAUCUUGAAAUAAAACGUUUUGAUGUUUAGAUGAGUCUGCAGGACUUUUUAUUAAAGACUGCAUACUGGUCAGUCGUUCGAUCUUUCUUGAUUCAGUUUUAGUCUAAGGUUGCCUGUGGGUGUGUUAACAGAUCAAGAAAGUGUUGGCAAGCCAUUUUGCAGCCCGUAGGCUGUGAUAGGAUAUUAGGAAGUGUGUUGUCAUUCCUCUUGCUGAAAGAUGGAUGUAUUUGCCUGGAAAUAAAAGUAGAAGGAUGGGAUGCUUUGAGAAUAGAAGAUGACACUGGUAGUCACAUGGGCACUGAAGGAUCUUUGAUAAUGUGAUUUCGAUGCGUAUUUUGGGGAGAGAUUUUGGUAGAGGUGAGCCAAAAUGACCGCAGAGAAAAGCAUGUUUUCUUCCAUGUAUGAACCACAUUAGGAUUUCUUGUUUGCUCACCAAUGUUUAUCUUUAAAAAACACACUGUAACAAAGUUUUAUACUUGCCGAAGAUUGGGCUGAAGUCUUGUUUUUGUAACUUGCAAUUUUUCAAUAAGAAAACGUAAGGAAGAGAUCCCUUUUGACUGUAUGAUUUGUACAUAUCUUUUCUGGAGUAAAUUCACUAUUCUUGUUUCUUGCUGAUAGCAUAAAAGGACUGUGGCAGUAAGUACUAGUUAUAGGGCUCUUUCUGUUUAGUACUGACAGUUAUAGUAAAGAAUUAUUUUCUACCAUUCCUGAAUUUUUAGUUCUGGCAAUUUUUGUACAAAAUAGUGACACGGUAAGGGAAGAUAUAAAAUAUGAUUUUGGUCUGAGAACAAAUGAUAAAGGCUUCCUGCCCAUAGCUAUUGUGACAUAAAACACUUGAAAAUGGGAUUGACCCAAGUUUGUUAGUGUUUGCUUGUUACUCUUGACUUUUUUCCACUGUUUCCCAACCCUUUACCUUUCCAUUUAAAUUCAUACUAAGCUCCUCAGAACAGGGGUUGCUACCUCUUGCCCACGUGAGCCUGGAAAGCAAAUGAGGCACCAACAAUAUAUAUAUUAAAACUAUGAUAAGAUCAGUCACAUGCUUUUGUCAAUCAUCAGCAAAUUUUAAUUGGUCAACCAGGCUACAGCCAAAAAAACAAGCAAAUAAGUGUUAGCAACCAAGCAUAGACAAUAAAGCACAUGAGAUGAAGCACAUAUAAUAUGUAAAGCAUAUAUUCACAUGUGGCAUAUACCUCAAGCUGUGAAGGCUAGUUUCGUAGGCUUACUUGAGUUGGGAAGCUUUUUCAGUAACCAUAGUUGUAUUGAACAUAACAAGCUCAGCCCUGCUAAAUGGCAGAUGUUUAAUUUUGUUGAUGUCGCAAAGAUGGCAAUCGGCUCUAAGAUUUUCUUUCAGUACUUUGUCCUUCGGGUUUCAUAUAACUUGCAAUAUAAUAUAUAGUGUAUUGCCUCAGUAGACCAAUAUUGUAGUAGUAAAUGAGAGUUUGAAGUGUGUUAACAUGUUUCUUUAACAUCAUUUUUGGGGAGAAUGAUUAUUUUUCCAUCCUUUCACUUCUAGCACUCUAUUCCAUCAUAUUAUUUUGUGUGUUCUUAUGGAUCCCCUUUGUCUACUUCUACUACGAGGAGAAGGAUGAAGAUGAUGGCAACACAUGCUCAGUAAGAUGAUUAUAGGACUUCUGAUUGCUUGACUUGGACAUCUAGUGAAUAAAGAGGUUCUGGUUUAUUCUACUGACAGCUGAAAAAAAUCUUAUUAAAUGCUGUCCAGUGUUAAAAGUAAAAUACAGUGCUGAUGCUUGAAGCCAGUACUGGGAAUUGUAUUGACUUAAUCUGUCAGUUAACCUACUUAGAGGCUCACCAGGUAGAUCCUGAGCUAAGAAAUGUGCUGGCUUUUUGAGAACUCCCAUUGUAAACCCUUAACACAUAGUGUAUGAAGUUGGUUGUUUUCAGCUGACCAUUGUUAAGAUUAACCACAGCUUAGAAUUUAAGUGACACGCUAAACUAAAAUGAAAGAGAACAUUUCUAAUCUCCUUGCAGCCAUGCCAGAGGAAGAGGGUAUGUGAACUCUAGCUGGUUCAAAAUACAGUGAAUUUUAAUAUCUGAAAAUUCAGUACAGGCAAAAGGAAGUACAACUGCACAGCAGAUAGUUUUAGAUUGGUUGCUUAGACCUGCUGUUUCUCUCCUGUGCAGUAUUGGAAAAUGAAGCAAAAAUGUACUGCGUGGCAUUUGCUAUUUCAAGGUGUUGAGAUGGUCACCAUCUCAACACCUUGUAAUAGGUUGCUAGGGAACGCAAGAAGGAGAGUGCUAUUGCACUCAGGUCCUGUUUAUGGACUACCCACAGGCAUCUGGUUGGUUAUUGUGAGAACAGACUGCUGAACUAGAUACAUCUUUGGUUUGACCCAACAAGACUCUUCUUACAUUAUGUUUAACAAUGGUUUAGUAUCAUGUCUAAACACAGUCAGUGAAGGGAGAUUGACUUGUGCGUAUAUAAAUGCUCAUGAAGUCUGUUUGUGAAUAGACGCAGCAGUAACCACAGUACUUCUAUAAAAUGCUUGGCGAUCGUGACUUUUGAGGCAGGAUAGUAAUUAAUGCAGUAAAUUUUUCAUUGAUAAAGUGCUUUCAAAAAUUAUUUCUACAGAAAGCAGUUUUGGCCACCACAGAGUGACCUGUUUGUGUGCUUCUCUAGAAGCUACAUGUGAAUGUAUUUAAUCAGUUUAAAGGGUGAGAAUAAUUUAUUGCAUUAAAUAAUAUUGUGUUUUUCUCCUCUUUGACUUGACAACAGUGCCUUUGUGGUGCCAAAAAGUAAAUGGGACCAAAACAUCCCUAUUUAAAUGGUGGGGACAGAGAGACUAUAUAUAUUAAAGAAACUAUAUAUUGUCUUAAGCAAGAAAACAGGAAUUAACAGCUGGAAGUAAAAUAUAAUCCUCUUUUAUUGAUGAGAACCUAAAUACUGUGGAAACUUUCAUUUUCAUUUUAAUGGAAAAUAUCCAGAAGGCUCUUCCAGUAAUGAGCUUUCUUUCUUCAUUUUCCAUUGUUAUGUAGUAGAUAUUUGCAGUGCAGAUUACUCAUUUUUAAAGAAACUGUGCUGAAAUAGUGGCAGCGAAGAUUGGUACCAUUUGAUGUGCUUGCUGCAUGAAACAGCAUGCCUAAUGCAUAUUGGACAUUCAAAGUCACACUUUUCUUAUUGUUCUGUCAGGAAAGCAUUUUGGCUUUCCAGAGGAAACAACUCCCCCCUCCUCCGUGUGCUGUUCCAGGGGUUCUCCCAACCCCUCCAGAGACAGUUUUGGGCAGUGGGUGGGAGGAGGAGGAGAGGAAAACCCCAAUGUGCAAGCAGAAGCUGGUGGGACUCAUUAGUUGAAUCCUGUCCUUGAACUGCAGAGCUUAUAAAAGUUCAUAAUUAACCUUAAUUUAAUGAUAUACAGGAAGAAAUCAAGAUCCUUGAGAAUUUUUUAAAUUUUCAAUAUAAAUUUUCAAAAAAACUGUUUUGUGGGGCAUCCAGACAGAUGCAGUAGGCAGAAUUAGCUUGAAGAUAUUGUUAGUUUCUACAUAUUCUUACUUUUUGUUCUAAUUUUACAGCAGGUUAAAAUUGCAGUCAAAUAUACUCUAGGAUUUCUUCUGGUUUGUUCUGCUCUUCUACUAAUUGGGUAAGUGGUUAUGUUUCUGCAUUCUAAUACCACAAGAUGUUGUAGUUUUCAAGCUUGCUGAAAUGACCACCGCCUGCCUCUCAUAUAUCAGCCCCCAUAAAUCUAUAUUUAACCAAUUCUCAUUUUAAAGCUCUUCAUAAUCUUGCCUCUUAUCUCUUCCCUAAUCUAUGUCUCCUGCUCUGUCUCUUUGUUUCUCCAAAUUUCUUGUUUCUUAUAUGUGCUCUCUGCUGCUUCUCUUUCAGCUUUGAACUUGCACUUCAUCCCUCUUACGAAACUUUUAAAUAUUUUUAAUGCAUAUUCCAUCCAUGUAUUUGUGUGUCUAUUUCUCCCCUCCUAAUACAAGCAGUAUCUAAAAUACCAUGUCUUGCUCAGGAAGUUACCAAGGUUGUUUGGUUUUGGUAGCCAGCCAAAAUCUCUGCUUUCCAGACCUUGCUCCUCCCUUAGUGGGAUGAAUCUGUUCACACUGAACUUUUGAGAUGUUUAAAGCACCUCCGAAGUGCAGCAGUAAGUUGGUGCUGCCAAUUUCAAAGUUCAGCAGGUAGUCUGCAGCUUACCAACCUUAUGCUUAAUGUCAUGGCAUGGACGAGGUUCUGCCCCCUUCCUGAGCUUGGAGGCGAGACGGCUUUUCAUGCUGUCAUGGAAAAGGAAAUGUACUCUCAUCAUAAAGAGAAUGGUGAGCAGGGUUUUUCUUUUCUCUCUCCUCCAUUUACUAAUCUUAAUGAUUUUUAAUCAUCACCCUUGACAAUAGGGAUCUUAGAAGAAUUUGAGUCCUGCCUGCCUGGCUUUGGAUAUUAAGCUACCUCCAAUGGUUUAAGUUCCUGUCUUGUUCUGAAGCUGGUUUUUUCCCCCCUGGUUCAGUUGACAUGGAAAGCUUUGGUUAAGGGAAGACCUCCUGGUUUGUUUUCUUGCUUUUGCGACGAGGCUGCAUGGUGGUCAAAAGGCUCAUAUUUCGUUUUAAUGAGCCAAGAUCAUGAGCAUCCAAUCAAUCAGUGUUUCAAGGGAAGGCAACUGAUGCUGCUGGUUAUCACUGGAUGCAGUAAUUCCUCUAGCGUGCUAGGUAUCACUGGAUGCAGUAAUUCUUCUAGCGUGCUAGGUAUUCUCAAGAACUCCAGUAACAGUGUCCAUUGUGCUGCAUCAGCUACUUUUCCAAUAUUGUUAAAAUAGUUAAACUCUCCUCAUCCCUGUACCGCCACUUAGAUUGAAGUGUGUUGGGACAAAGUUAGGCUCCCUCGCUAGCAGUAGCAGCUCAUUAUUGUAAAGUCUGUGGGUGUUGGUGGCGCAGCUGUUGUUUGUCAGCUAAAAUGCUUGCUUUCAGUGCCACGCAGAUGUGUGCAUCCUUCUUUGACAUAAAAUUCCCUCAUUUUAGCUUUGUAGAUUGUUUUCUGUAUUUAAUUUAGGAAUGCCUUCAAAGCUUGGGAGGGGGGUUAUUGGGAAGGGUUUGGUCUUCAUAGUCUUUUUAAGUGUUUUUAGUUGAUAGCCAAUGUUGGCCGUUCUCACUCAUUGAAAUUAGUGUGCACAAGUAACUUAAAUUAAUGAUUUCAGAAGGUUUCCUCUUAGUAAGCAUUAGUUGAAUAUCUCUUUGUAUUUGUCACAAACUCUAGCAAAGCUCAGUUUCAAUAAAUAGUUGAUGUUCUGAAAUGUUCACUCUCUCUGUAUUUGACUGGCUUUUCAGAAACCUCUGCUUUGGACACCAGAUAUUGUGAAAUCAAUAUGGAGUUAAUCUUUUCAAACCAUUUUUGUUAGGAGCACCGAAAUGUAGUGCAGAAGGCUGUAAAAAUUUCCAUGGUAAUGUGGAUCAGCCCUGUCACCAUCCUAGUAUUGUAAAGACCAUUUGUAUUCUUGAUGUAGUGUAUUUUGCAAAGUAACUAUCAGAGGAUAACAUUUUUAUUUUUUCCUCCUUGUUAGAGCCUUUGUUCCAUUGAAUAUUCCUAACCAAAAAAAUACGACGGAAUGGGAGAAAGUGAAACUUUUGUUUGAAGAGCUUGGAAGCAGCCGUAAGUUAGAGACCUAAGAAGUGAAUGAUUUUGUAUAACCUUACUCCAAAUAAGACAUUAAGUUUUCAUUGGACUAUUCCAUUCAUCUUUAAGAAUCUUGUAAGUUUAGUGUUGCUCCAAGGAGUUACAUGUUUGGAAUGUUGAGAGUGUCCUGGGCACUAUCCCCAGUGGUCACUUUUUCACUGUGCCCACAUGGACCACAUUCAUGACCCCAGAAAGGCUAGAUGCAGGGAAUACCAAAUUUUAAGGCAAAAACCUGCAGCCAGAAACAACUGCUGACAUUGAUUUUCUAAACUCUUAACGUCAUGACGGUGUACUCUUCGUUUUGCUUACUUAGGCUGUCAUUCCAUUGUGUUGGACAAUGGUAAAAGCAUUUAUAUUGUAAGUCCUGUGUCUAGAAUAACCUUGCAGCUGAAAUUUUAUUUUUGAUCUGUGCAUAUGUUUCUAUAUUUGUUUAUGCUGUUUCCUAGGGACGUGGGUGGCGCUGUAGUGUAAACCACACAGCCUUGGGCUUGCCGAUCGGAAGGUCGGCGGUUCAAAUCCCCUUGACGGGGUGAGCUCCAGUUGCUCGGUCCCAGCUCCUGCCAACCUACCAGUUCGAAAGCAUGUCAAGGUGCAAGUAGAUAAAUAGGUACCGCUCCGGCGGGAAGGUAAACGGCGUUUCCGUGCACUGCUCUGGUUUCGCCAGAAGCGGCUUAGUCAUGCUGGCCACAUGAACCGGAAAAACUGUCUGUGGACAAGUGUUGGCUCCCUCGGCCAGUAGAGCGAGAUGAGCACCGCAACCCCAGAGUUGUUUGCGACUGGGCUCAACUGUCAGGGGUCCUUUACGUUUAAAGAUGACACACACAGUGAAAAAGGGGGGGAAAAGGAAACAAAUGUUCCUUAAUGUGAAUUUCAGCAAAGCAUUUCCCAUUUGUCUUACAGAUGGUUUGGCAGCCUUAUCCUUCUCUAUAAGUUCUUUGACCCUUAUUGGAAUGGUGGCAGCUGUUACAUAUACAGUAAGUAUUCAUCUUUUUGUCUUGUGUUCAUUUUGAGGUUUGCUUCAGCUGCAACAACUUGGAAGUCUUUUCGCAGACCUUAAUCUAUACUAAAAGCCAAUGCUUUCAGUUGUGUUGGAGUAACAAAUGUGACUUGGAAUAGUUGAGUUGCAGGUAAAUGUUUUCGAGUUUAGUUCGUGUCUCUAUUAUGCUUUAGCCUUUAAAAGAAAAUGUCUAGACUCUGGAAUCCCCCCCAUUAAAUACUUUCCCUUUCAAAACUGUUUAAAACACUUUUCUUAACAUUGUGCAUAGUGGCAGCUUUUUACCAUGAAGCGUGAUUUAGUUGAGCAUGAUUGAGCUUUACCAUUCCUGUCAGAAGUAUUGAUGAACCUAAGAAUUUUGUGGAGAUUAUAAUCUGUUAAAUAGUAAACUCUUGUUUUAGAGUUUCUAGAUGACAGAAACGGUGAUAGAUGAUAAAAGAAUGAUCUAAAUUCUUUUAAAUAUAUAUGUUCAUGUGUGAAUAAGUUUUGUUCCUUGCCUUAAAAUGGUAGUAAACUAUGGUUGCAGUUUCUCAAAAGUUAGUACCUUGGCAGAGAAAGGCUUUAAAAUGAAUUGUGCAGAUGUGAUGUCUUCCUGACUCAACACUAUAGUCAGCAGAAUUUUGAUGCCAUCCCUAAGUCAAUGUGUCAGAGCUGAGGGUAUGAAGUGGGAUUACGGUUAUAGAUCUCUGUAUUCUGAAUAUUGACCUUCUCAGCAUCUUGGCCAAAGUCUUUACUGAUUAAAAGCUUUCACUAUAGCAAGCUCUGUUUCACAAAGUAAUCUUUUAAUACUUAUAUAAACAGUUUAUUCUGGUAACUGUUCCUUCGUCAAGCAAAGAACAAUUUAGAGAACUUUAUACCAGUCUCAUUGGCCAGCAGCACAUGUCCACUGCAAGCUGCAUUAUUAAAAAAACAAAAACAAAAUACAAUCGGUGAGUGGCAAUUAUGCUUCUUCCAGUUCUACCAUACUCCCUGUCUGUGUGAUGGAAAUAAACAUAUGCUGCCUUACAUUUGCAGCGCUUUUAAGAGUUUUAUGGAGAAAAUGUGUGUAAGCACAUGAAUGCAUACAAAAUCCUAGCGUUUAAAAAGCAUUUUUCAUUUGAUGUAUUUGCCACCUGAGGAAGUAAGACCCCUGCAGUUGGAUCCACCCACAUGGUUGUUUAAUAAAUACACACACAGCACAAAAACUCCCCAGUGCCAUGGGAUUGCGUUAUUGAGAAGUGGCUUUUCUGUGUGGGAAGGGUGCCUUUGUGCUCACCUAUCGGUUUGCUGUUUGUGUGUGUGUGUGUUCAUUCAAUGGUUGUGGUGGUAGGGCUUAUGUGUGCAAAGGUUUCGCUUGCUUGUUUUUGAGCCUCAUUUAUGAACACAGAUUAUUUUUUUCUUGUGGUCUCCUUACCGUCAGAGUUAAGGUGUACAUUGCUGGACUAAGAGGACCAUUGGUCUGAUUUUGCAGGCCUUUUAUGCUAUUGUUCAAAACACUUUAUGAGAUGUGAGUGAUCUUAAGGGACUAUUUUGAAACACUGUUAAGCUUGGGGCCUUCCUGUGCAAACUUCUGAAAUCCAGCAAACCAUCCAGUUGAGCUAGGUUGUAUUCUUCGCAAGGAAUCUCUGUGCAAGUGUAAACGUUUUUAGAAAAAAACGUUUACUGCUUGGCCUGGUGUGUUGUUCAUUGCAGUGUUUAACAGGAUAUAUGUUACUUUGAUUUCUUUCACAGCCAAAAUUGAAUCUCUCUCAUAUUUUGAUUGAACGGUAGCAAUAUUUUCCUUAUAUUUGGGAUACGGAAGGGUAGACACUCCACAAAUCUGCCCUUAACUUGUACUCACGUUAACCACCUCUAAACAUGGAGCCUCACCAUAAAUGAUAAAUAAGGGCUUGCUAGAAACCCCAUUGGCUAAUUAGGCCAACCAAAAUGUCAUGAAGUAGGGUGCAAGCUUGCAGUUACUCCAGAACUCUUCAACAGGCCAGAUGGUUAAAAUACAAGAGUCUUAAGAGUGUGGGAGGAGGGAGCAGAUGCAGACAUAGAUGGCUUGACAACAAACAAUCUUUGUUUUUCUUCUCUUUUUUAAUACCUAGGCUGUUGGAGAACUCAAAAGCUUGUAUAUUUUGUGACAUUUUGUUUGUCCUAAUAAAUCAUAUGGAUUUUGCUUCUUUUUCUUCUUAUGGGCUAACAUGGCUACCUGUUACCCUUUGUUAGAAGCUGUAUCACAAACAUUGCUUGCUUUAAAUAUGUUCUGUAUUUAAAUGAUUUUAGAUAACCUUGGGUAUUAGUAGUGAACCUCUCACCAGCUUUGUGCUGCUAUUUGAAGUCAAGGUAAAACAGUAUAGCUUUUGCUGUGAUGAACGUGAUUGAUUCUUUCCCCUGCUUCUUUGUUUUUGAAGGGUACAUGUAAGUGGUUUUAGUUUUUCCAAAACAUUUAAUAAUGUUUGCAUCUCUAUGAAAAUGUCACUGUAGGUAAGCACUCCAGUGCUGAUUAAAAAGAUGCAAAAAUACAAAAGAUACAUUUGAAUAUGUAGGCUGCAACUUUUAAGUGACCUUUUCCGUUAUUACUAGUUCACAAAAACUUUGUGAUAGCCAAUACUUUACUUGCCUUAAAUUAUUCUAUAAAAUGUAUCAUUCAUUUUGUAAAUGUCAGCAUAGUUUAAAAUUAUUAGAAUAUUAAAUUGUAUCAUUGUCCUUUUGGGCAAACUAAGUUUGGGGAGGACAUGUACAUUCUGCAUAGCUCUGGGAAUGCCCUAAUAUCUAGUGGGGUUUCUUUCAAUUGAUAUUUCUCCCUGAAAGGCUACAGAAAUACAAUAGGCAGGCAUGGGCGUGUAAUUGCACUGUAAUUGAAUGUUUUGUCUGCCAAGUAUAGGAUAAUAUUACGAGUAAACUAGUAUGACUUUCGUAAUGCAUAUCUUCUACUUAAACUGAACUUGAUCUUUGGACUCUUAACAUAUUCUCAUUAUAUUAUUUCUUCUGUAUAGCAGCGUAAAUUCAGGUAGAAUCCCCUCCCAUCCUUUCUAGUGCCUGAUCUCUCAAGGAGCUGGUGGUACCAUGUGAGGAAACGAGAGACUGUAGACUACAGCAAGAUACAUUAUUUUACUACUAUUGUCCUGUGCUCUAAUCAUACUGUGCAUGUUCACAACUAUGCUACCAAAACGUGCAAUACAUUUGCUUAAAUUAAUAAUUAUUUAAUCAGGAAAAAGAUAAUACAAAUAACUUCGGAAACUGAUCAUAGGCUUGUGGUCUAAAUGAAAAUACAUUGUGGAGAGUGGGGGGGGGGAAUGGAGGGCACAGAGAUCCAAGGAAAACAAUGGAGAAGGAUUUAGAUUUUUGUUGUUGAAGGAAUCUGACAUGUAUUGAGAAAAUGUCCUUGGUUAAGAUGUAGGGACUGUCAGUGUGUAUGAACACAGUGUGUUGUAUCAUGAUCAUGAGCAGACACUUUUAAGGUAGGAAACCUUAAGGUAGACACAAUAGAUAACAGUCAAGGGAAGUCUGGAUUCUGCUACUGCCUUCACAACACUUGUGGUAGAGAAGCACAGGUGAAAUGUCUUUCUAUUCUUUGGAACAAGUUCUCUUAGCAGCAAAUAUUUUUUGUUAUGCCGAGCAUGUCAGAAUUGAGCAAUUCCUUCAUACAGGGCUGUCUAAGGCUGUUCUGUUUCCCCCCUGCAUCAACUGCCUUGCCACAUUUCAGAAGGCUUAUUUUCUAUGUACUGUACUCUUUCUUUUUUAUUUAUGCAUUUGCUAAAUUUAUGAUCCAAAUGAUCCUUCCUCUAAAUGUUCACAUUAGUGCAUAUUUGUUACAUAGGAAAACUGAGCCCCUUCAUUUUUUUGCUGUCAUUCUGCUAGGAAAAAUUAAUAGAGAAGAUUUGCAAAUGAUGGACUGCAUAGUUCUCACCUUUUGAGAAUUGUCAUCUUCACUACAGGUUAGCUUAUAGCCACUCAGAAAUGGAAUCAUUUUCCUACUGAAGAGAUUAAGAGACAAAAGGCAGCAUUUUCUAUUUAGAAACGCUCUUUACAUAUUCAAAAAAUGGACACAGCUUUCAUCAACUUCAAUGUAACAGGGAUUUUAUUCACCACCUUUCUGUGCUACUUGUGUAUUGUGUGCAGCUUCGCUAGAGGGCAGAUGUGGGCAGUAAAUAUAUUGCAGGGCAGGAAUUGCAUCUUGAAAGUAUUUUGUGUUCAGUUUAGUGCUUUAUAUAGUCUAAAAUUGCAUGUUAUGCAUUCUAAAAAAACCUAACAAAUAGUUUGUAUUCAUUUCAAAACACAACAGUUAUUGCCAAGCAGUAAUUGUACUUGAAGUUACAGGUUUAAUUAACAAGUGGCACUUUCAGUGACUGCCACACAUUUGGAAAAUGGGCAUUAUUAGUAACUGUUGGGACUUAAUGGUUAUGAUAUUUACUAGUACUGGAACAAAAAGCACAAGCAUUGCACCUUUAAUCAAAACUAAGCGGUGGCUGCCAGUAUAUUUUCUUGUGCUCUAAAUCAGAGGUUUUCCAUCUGAGAUUGCAGCCCAGCUUCUGUGAGGAAGGGACCAAGCCAAGGAAAGGGCUGCUUCCAUAGGUUGGCGUGUUUAUUUUCAGCCAGUGCCUGAGUCUACCCUUCAGCUCCUUCUGCCCCCUCUUCAUAGGGCAAAGCCUGGAAUAUGGACUGCCAUAAAGAGCCUUAUGCCCAUAUAUUCCUUAGUCCUUGUUUUUUUUAUCUUAAUAAUGGAUUUUUAAUUGUUGUAAGCAUCUUGGGCAGCCAGUUUUAGAUGAAAGGCGGACUUUGAGAAAAUCGGUAAUGGUAUUCAAGUUUUCCUGAAAAAACAGGUUGUCCAUCACUACCAAUUUCUCCUGCAAAGUUUUAAGGCCCUAGCUUAACUGAUGAUGGAGAAGAUCAAUAGUUUUGGCCAGAUCCCUUUUGCAGUAUUCUGCUUGAAAUUGGCAUUUCACAAGCUAUGGGAGUAUGGCUUUGGAGAGCUGCUGUUCCGUGAAUAAAGGCAGUUUUGUUGGAUGCUGCUUGUAUGAGAGUAAAGGAGUUACUUAUAUUUUGGCCUUAAACUCUGCCAAUUCAAUAGGCUUAGCUGGAGUCAAGGAGCAAUACUGUUGUAAGAUAUAGAUGGUAAAAUGGAGCUCAUAUACAGCUGUGAUACGCCGUUUAUCUCUUUUUGAAUUUCCACAGCAGUGCAGUUGAUCCUGGGUAAGUGGAAAGUUUAUUUUCAAAAACGAAACUGAAAAGAGGGAGAUGCAAUUGGCUGAUAAAAUUUGAGUCAAUUGAGAAUUUGAGAUAGUCCAAAGAAAUUUUUCUUUGAGUGGGAAAUGCCCCAGUGCCUUAUUGGUAUUUACUUACAUAAUUCGUAUCAGGAUUUAUCACCAUGAUCUCAUUUCUGUUACACCGUUUUCUCUUUUUUUAGUUUUCAAUAAUGUGUGUACACAUACAUGCCAUCUUUGCUUCUGGCAUUUUUAUAGCUUUUGCUUUCUGGAUAAACAGCCUCCAUUCCUCAGUUACCCUUGGAGGGUUGUACAGUUAAUGGCUGUAUAUCUUUACAGUCUGAUAAACAGUUCCAAGUUUUUCCCCUUCAGUAUAAUUUAGAAAUGCUAUUAACCCCCCUCCCAAACAGCAACCUAUUUUCACACAUUUUUGUCACUCUACUUUCGAUUGAUAUUAAUACCUGGUAUCGUUAGGUUUCACCUCUUACAAUAUUCCACCACCAGCACCAAAAUGGAAAAUAAUCUCUUGGGAAUGAUUCUACAUCAUGACAUAGCAUCCUGCCCUUGGGGCCACUCUGCAGCAAAUGGGAACACCACCAGGCUGCUCUGAGAGUUGAAGAAGCAAAGCCUUUUCUCUUGCCUAAAGAGGAAAAGCAACCUGUUGCCACCUCAUCUUAAAUAAUAUUAAGCCCCAUACAGUGGUACCUCGGGUUACAUACGCUUCAGGUUACAUAUGCUUCAGGUUACAGACUCCGCUAACCCAGAAAUAGUACCUCAGAUUAAGAACUUUGCUUCAGGCUGAGAACAGAAAUCGUGCUCCGGCGGCGUGGCAGCAGCGGAGGGCCCAUUAGCUAAAGUGGUGCUUCAGGUUAAGAACAGUUUCAGGUUAAGAACGGACCUCCGGAACCAAUUAAGUACUUAACCCGAGGUACCACUGUACUCGUGACCAAAUGCUAACAGAUUUUGAAUAACCCUUGAGAUUAUUGAUUCAGGUAGGUAGCCGUGUUGGUCUGACACAGUCAAAAUUUAUUUAAAAAUUGCCUAGUAGCACCUUAGAGACCAACUAAGUUUGUUCUUGGUAUAAGCUUUCAUGUGCAUGCAUACUUCUUCAGAUACUUGAGAUUAUUAUAAGCUUCAUAGUCUGUUUUUACUCAUCCUUUCUGUAUUAUAUUUUUUUAAUGCUUGGCAAUAUACUGUAUUUUCAAAUAUAUGGUUAUUCUCUUUUUUUAAAGACCAAUAUAAGUUAGCUUCUCCCCUCCCCAUAUACUGUCAUGUCACUCAUAGAAUCAUAGAAUCAUAGAAUCAUAGAAUCAUAGAGUUGGAAGAGACCACAAGGGCCAUCGAGUCCAACCCCCUGCCAAGCAGGAAACACCAUCAGAGCACUCCUGACAUAUGGUUGUCAAGACUCUGCUUAAAGACCUCCAAAGAAGGAGACUCCACCACACUCCUUGGCAGCAAAUUCCACUGUCGAACAGCUCUUACUGUCAGGAAGUUCUUCCUAAUGUUUAGGUGGAAUCUUCUUUCUUGUAGUUUGGAUCCAUUGCUCCGUGUCCGCUUCUCUGGAGCAGCAGAAAACAACCUUUCUCCCUCCUCUAUGUGACAUCCUUUUAUAUAUUUGAACAUGGCUAUCAUAUCACCCCUUAACCUCCUCUUCUCCAGGCUAAACAUGCCCAGCUCCCUUAGCCGUUCCUCAUAAGGCAUCGUUUCCAGGCCUUUGACCAUUUUGGUUGCCCUCCUCUGGACACGUUCCAGUUUGUCAAUGUCCUUCUUGAACUGUGGUGCCCAGAACUGGACACAGUACUCCAGGUGAGGUCUGACCAGAGCAGAAUACAGUGGCACUAUUACUUCCCUUGAUCUAGAUGCUAUACUCCUAUUGAUGCAGCCCAGAAUUGCAUUGGCUUUUUAGCUGCCGCGUCACACUGUUGGCUCAUGUCAAGUUUGUGGUCAACCAAGACUCCUAGAUCCUUUUCACAUGUACUGCUCUCAAGCCAGGUGUCCCCCAUCUUGUAUUUGUGCCUCUCAUUUUUUUGCCCAAGUGCAAUACUUUACAUUUCUCCCUGUUAAAAUUCAUCUUGUUUGUUUUGGCCCAGUUCUCUAAUCUGUCAAGGUCGUUUUGAAGUGUGAUCCUGUCCUCUGGGGUGUUAGCCACCCCUCCCAAUUUGGUGUCAUCUGCAAAUUUGAUCAGGAUGCCCUUGAGUCCAUCAUCCAAGUCAUUGAUAAAGAUGUUGAAUAAGACCGGGCCCAAGACAGAACCCUGUGGCACCCCACUAGUCACUCUUCUCCAGGAUGAAGAGGAACCAUUGAUGAGCACCCUUUGGGUUCGGUCAGUCAGCCAGUUACAAAUCCACUGAGUGGUAGCAUAGUCAAGACCACAUUUUACCAGCUUCUUUACAAGAAUAUCAUGAGGCACCUUGUCAAAUGCCUUGCUGAAAUCAAGGUAGGCUACAUCCACUGCGUUCCCUUCAUCUACCAGGCUUGUAAUUCUGUCAAAAAACGAGAUCAGGUUAGUCUGACAUGACUUAUUUUUCAGAAAUCCAUGCUGACUAUUGGUGAUCACAGCAUUCCUUUCUAGGUGCUCACAGACUGUUUGCUUAAUGAUCUGCUCCAGAAUCUUCCCUGGUAUUGAUGUCAGACUGACUGGGCGGUAAUUAUUUGGGUCCUCUCUUUUCCCCUUUUUGAAAAUAGGGACAACAUUUGCCCUCCUCCAGUCUGCCGGGACUUCGCCUGUUCUCCAGGAAUUCUCAAAGAUGACUGCCAGUGGUUCUGAGAUCACAUCUGCCAGUUCUUUUAAUACUCUUGGAUGCAGUUCAUCUGGCCCUGGAGACUUGAAUACAUCUAAACUAGCCAAGUAUUCUUGUACUAUCUCCUUAGUUAUUCUGGGCUGUGUUUCCUUUGCUGAAUCAUUUGCUCCAAAUUCUUCAGGUCGGGCAUUGUUUUCUUUAUCGGAGAAGACUGAGGCAAAGAAGGCAUUGAGGAGUUCAGCUCUUUCUGUGUCCCCUGUUUGCAUUUCACCAUCUUCUCCUCUGAGUGACCCCACUGUUUCUUUGUUCUUCCUUUUGCUACGGACAUACCCAUAAAAGCCUUUUUGUUGCUUUUAACCUCUCUAGCAAGCCUGAGUUCAUUCUGUGCUUUAGCUUUUCUGACUUUGUGUCUACACGUGCUGGCUAUUUGUUUGAAUUCCUCUUUGGUGGUUUUCCCCCUUUUCCAUUUUUGUACACAUCCUUUUUUAAUCUUAACUCAGUUAAAAGUUCUUUAGAUAGCCACCCUGGCUUCUUUAGGCACCUUCCAUGUUUCCGUCUCAUUGGUAUUGCCUGACGUUGUGCUUUUAGUAUCUCCUCUUAACAAACUCCCAGCCAUCAUGAACUCCCUUUCCUUUUAGUAUUACUGUCCAUGGGAUCUCACCCAGCACUUCCCUAAGUUUUAUGAAGUCAGCUUUCUUAAAGUCAAGAAAUUGAGUCCUAGUAUGCUUGGCUGCUCCUUUCCGCUGUAUAGUAAACUUCAGAAGAGCAUGAUCACUCGCGCCUAAUGAUCCUUCCACUUCUACCCCACUAACCAGGUCAUCAACAUUGGUUAGGACCAGAUCUAAAAUGGCUGUUCCUCUUGUUGCUUCUCCCACUUUCUGGACAAUGAAGUUGUCUGCAAGGCCAGUGAGAAAUCUGUUUGACCUUAUGCUCUUGGCUGAGUUUGACAUCCAACAAAUAUCCGGGUAAUUGAAGUCCCCCAUUACUACUAUCUCCCUUCCUUUUGCAUGCUUGGCCAUCUGUUCCAGGAAGGCAUCAUCUAUGUCCUCCGUUUGGCUUGGGGAUCUAUAGUAAACUCCCACAAUGAGGUCACUGUUAUUCUUCUCUCCCUUAAUUUUGACCCAAAUGCUCUCACUUUGGCUUUGAGGUUCUAAAUCUUGGAUCUCUUCACAGGUAUACACAUCCCUGACAUAUAACGCCACUCCUCCUCCUUUCUUGUCUGGUCUGUUUCUCUGAAAUAGAUUGUAUCCCCCCAUUAUUACAUUCCAAUCGUGGGACUUAUCCCACCAGGUUUCAGUGAUGCCUCUUGAACAAAACACCUGCGCUUCAAUUUAAUUCUUCCACCCCUUCCUGUCAUAACUGGAAUUGCUUUAUAGGUUACUGUCUUUUGGGGGGUGGGGGUGGGAAGGGUAUAUUAAACAUUUUCUUUCCAUUUCACAGACUUUAUUUUAUGUGCUUUCUAAAUUACUAGGUAUUCCUUUGCUCCAGUUCUUAAAUUCUUCUUUAGAGGAAGAUUAAGAGCAAGGCUUUAUCUGUGGUGGAACACAUUCCCUACAAAUAGUUACAUAGGUGCUAGGCAACUGAGCUCUGUAUGCCAGCUCAAAACUUAUUUGCACAGGCUUUUAGUGAAUAAUGCUGGGGUUUCUGUUUUAUCUGGGGUGUGAACUAAUUGUUUUUACAGUUUUUAUUUUUUAAUGACGUCUUAAUGAUGUUGCUUUUGCUGAAAAGUGGCAUGUAGAUAGGAAUUAACGGUGGGUUACAAAUAACUAGUUUUUAAAAUAUAGGCAUUACUUUCUAUUUUCUCGGGGGGCAACAGAGAGGCUCCCUCUAAAGAUAAGAAAUGUUGGUGGCAGCACUAUCUCACGAUUACUGACCAUUGGGAAACUCACCAUCCAACUUUAGUUUGAAAACCCCCAAAACCUAACUAUUAUGGAAGAACUAACAAACCAUUUGAGGACAUCAAGAAACCACAAAGCCGCAGACUCCUUUCAUAAAACUUGGCAAGACUCUUUCCUUUAUUGAUAAGGAUUAUGUAGAUGCACAAGUGCCAAAAUAGCAUGUCCGCUUCUGGAAUCUAUACCUAUUUUAUGAGGUGUUCAUGGAGAUACUAGCCAUUUAUAAACUAACAAAUGAGAACAAACCCCUAGCAGUGUAGAGUGAUAAGACCUUUAUUCUCUUCUGCUCAUUACCUCAACUGCCUGCCUGUACCCCACAACAGAUCCAUUUACCUAUCUACUUCUUUGCUCUCAUAAGCAGAAGGUUGUACUGAAUUUUUACGUUGCUGACUACUGAAUUUUUAUGUUGCCGAUUUUAUUGUUCGUGUUAUUGUUAUAUAUAGUAAAAAAUAUAUGAAAACGAUCAAACCAUUCCACAAGGAAUUUCUAUUCUCUCAUUCCUGUCUUUCAUUUCUCCUUCCUUGUCUCCUACAACUUUUAAAAAAAGAAUUGUUGCUCUAGAAACUUGUAUACUUUAUCUAUGUUUGUCAAACUGCCAGUUUUUUAUUUUCUCCCCUUUCCUUAGAUGUACAGAGUCCUCAUUUUUAUUGCUUUUUAUAAUUUUGCAGUCUCCUGUUUUUUUGUUUAUAAGAUUUUCCAUUUUUCUUAUGGACUACUGCCAGUCUUGUACUGUAUCCCUUUGCAGCUUUAUUGCUUGCCAAGUUCCUCAGCCUCUAAAAUUGGACUACAGCUGAGCAUGUAACCUUCCUUUCUCAAAAUUUACAGCACGUCUGAAUAAGUAGCUACAGUUUUUCAUACCAGCUAUAGUCAAUUGUCUUCCAAAUGCUAAGUUUCUCCUCCAUCCUCCAUUGAUCUCUAAGAUGAUUGAGGUAGAGAUUGUUGCAGUUAAGAGGUAUAUAAUUUGUUUGACUAACUAAGCACCCACUAGUAGUCCAAUACCAUAUUCAUUAUAUCGUGCUGAGAUUGGUCUGAUGGGCAGAAUAUGAAUAAAACAACUACUUUCUGUGUAGGUUCUAGGAUACUGAUCAAUGUUUUGUCUCAAGGUGAUCACUUACAAUUGAGAAUUAAAACCAUCUUUGCAUUUCCUCCCCCCAGGCUUAUGGCAUGUCCGCUUUGCCUCUGAACCUGAUAAAGGGGACAAGAAAUGCUAGUUAUGAACGCUUGGAAAACACUGAAGAUAUUGAAGAGGUUGAGCAAAGUAUACAAAGGAUUAAAUCAAAGGUUUGGUUGGGUUUCUGUCUUAAAAUAUUGCUUUUUAACAGCUUUAGCUCUCUGGCCAAACAGGCUCUCUUAAUUUUCAUCCAUUUAUUAGGUGUUGUACUGUUGUGACUUGACUUGUAUUUUCUCUUAUAUGUAUCUUAUCUUUUGCUUUUUGUACCCUGCUCUGAUAUUUAACAAUGUGAGCAGUUUAAAAUCUUUAGAAAUAUAUGUUUAGAUUGGGUAGAGGGCAGAGCUGGCUCAAGACAUUUUGGCACCUGAGGCAAAGCACAAAAUGGUGCCCCUUCCUUCCCCUUACCACCAGAGAAGGAGGAGUGAGUGAAGGUCUACAUCAGGAACAAGGAGGGAAUAAAUCUAUCCAUUGGGAUCUGAUGCCCCUGUGCAUCCUGCCGCCCGAGGUGGUCGCCUCACCUUACCUCAAUUGUUUGGUGGUGGUGGUGGUUGUUUUUCUUCUAUUAUGUUUUAUUGUAAUUCAUAUUUGGUGUUAGCCGCCCUGAGCCCGGCCCGGUAUAAAUAUUUAUUAUUAUUAUUGUUGUUGUUGUUAAUUUUUAAAAAGUAUAUACUGUAAUGUAUAUCUAGUGAGAUUGAAAUAACCAAAAUGAAUCUUCACAGUUGUAUAUAACGGUAACUAUUAGCUCUCCUCUCCUGCUAUAUACUGUUCUUUUGAUUUAACUGUGGCAGUGGUAUUACAAGUUUCAAUAAUUUUCACACUUCUAAAAAUAUGAGUACUAAGCACACACACUUUUCAGUCAGGCACUUGCAGAGAGGACAUUUUUGAGACUUUAUAAUUGGAUUGAUACUCUUAGAUCAGAAAACUAUCUCUCCACAUAUGCUUACUAGAACAAGUGAUUUAUUGAGUAGAAUUAGUGCUUUUCUGGUUGUUGUUGUUUUUUAAAUGUGGUGCUGGUACUUAUAUCAUGAUAAAUGGUAAAAUACCUCUUCCGCUCCGCCACUUCCUGCACCCUCUCCCACGUCUUUAUUGUAUUUGUGAUCAUUUUUUAUUAGAAGGUUGAUGAUAAUAAAUCAAGAAUACAUAAUAAAUAUGUUUAUUGAGUGUCAAAUAACUAAAAAUUGAGCUAAAUUGCUGCUGUGGGGGCAUGGCAUAGCACAAAAUGGUGACCAUGAGGAUGUGGCAUAGUACAAAAUUAGAGUACAGCCAUUGCUGUGCCCCCCAACCUUAGACAGCUCAAUUUUUAGUUAUUUGACACUCAAUAAACAUAUUUAUUAUGUAUUCUUGAUUUAUUAUCAUCAACCUUCUAAUAAAAAAUGAUCACAAAUACAAUAAAGACGUGGGAGAGGGUGCAGGAAGUGGCGGAGCAGGGAGAGGUAUUUUACCAUUUAUCAUGAUAUAAGUACCAGCACCACAUUUAAAAAACAACAACAACCAGAAAAGCACUAAUUCUACUCAAUAAAUCACUUGUUCUAGUAAGCAUAUGUGGAGAUAGUUUUCUGAUCUAAAGUAUCAAAUCCAAUUAUAAAGUCUCAAAAUGUCCUCUCUGCAAGUGCCACAAACAAAAUGUAUAUUAGCAAAAUACUCAUAUUUUAAAGUGUGAAAAUUAUUAAGGAAACUUGUAAUACCACUGCCACAGUUAAAUCAAAGAACGAGUAUACAGCAGAGAGAGGACAUUUUGAGACUUUAUAAUUGGAUUGAUACUCUUAGAUCAGAAAACUAUCUCUCCACAUAUGCUUACUAGAACAAGUGAUUUAUUGAGUAGAAUUAGUGCUUUUCUGGUUGUUGUUGUUGUUUUUUAAAUGUGGUGCUGGUACUUAUAUCAUGAUAAAUGGUAAAAUACCUCUUCCGCUCCGCCACUUCCUGCACCCUCUCCCACGUCUUUAUUGUAUUUGUGAUCAUUUUUUAUUAGAAGGUUGAUGAUAAUAAAUCAAGAAUACAUAAUAAAUAUGUUUAUUGAGUGUCAAAUAACUAAAAAUUGAGCUAAAUUGCUGCUGUGGGGGCAUGGCAUAGCACAAAAUGGUGACCAUGAGGAUGUGGCAUAGUACAAAAUUAGAGUACAGCCAUUGCUGUGCCCCCCCCCCCACCUUAUGCUUGCCAUACGGAGUCAGCCAAGUACUGAUUCUGAUUGUGGAGACCACACAAUAUUGAUUUUUCCUACAUGCAAAACAAUGCUAUUGUCUGAUUACAGAGAGCAUUUCCUGGUAGCAGGGAAAAUAAUUCAAUGUGGCCACAGUACACUUAUCUUUCGCACGCACAUACACACUCUUUUGUGUUCCUUUUCCCGCCUUUUUUUUAAAAGCAAGCCCCAGCAUGGGCAAAGAAGGCUUGUCUGAGGGGAAUAGCAGGGGGAAGCAAAGCUUCUGGUAUUAUAUACUGGACAGAAACAAACCACUGAGUGGAACCCUUUUUAAAUGGCAUAGCUGCUAAAAUGAGAUACUGGAUAUCUUUGAAUUAAGAACACAAACAACCAUGGAAAAAUACAAACUUCAAGAUUUACAUCUUUUGUUCUCCCCCUUACACCCCCCAUUAGUGCAAAGAUGGUCGGCCUCUACCAACUCGGGAUAGGCGGACACUGCAACAGCUUGAGGACAAGCUAAGAGCCCUUCGAAGGAGAGGGAGGCGUCUGGAAUAUAUUGAGAAGAGCUGCUGGACAAGAUUCUGUGGAGCCAUGAGGCCACUAAAAGUAAAGUAUAGCACAUAAUUUUUUUUAAUGUAUACCUGUAUUAUGUAAAACCACUAACUGGUUAGAGCACAAAUUUAAAGUCCUUUUUUGACAAUGCAUGCCAGUAAUGGGUGGUCCCAGAGCCUGAGGUAGGUAGAUCAUUCCUUUUUAUCUCUCCCCUUCUCUUCCUCCCUGCUUUUUCCGCUCCUUGCCACCAACAUGAGAUUUGGACUGAGGGCCCCAUGAAAGCUCUAAGGCUAUAGGUUGAUGCGGCCAGUCAGUCCCUUCUCCCUCCUGUGGAAAAGCCCGGAAGAGCACAUGGAGCUUGUGUGCGGCUCUUGGGGGCUUUCCCCGCCUGCCUCCCCCCUGCAUUCGCUCCAUAGGACGCACACACAUUUUCCCUUGCUUUUUAGGAGGAAAAAGUGCGUCCUAUGGUGCGAAAAAUACGGUAAUCGCAGUACAGUGGUACCUUGGUUUUUGAAUGUCUCAGUUGAUGAAUAUUUCGGUUUUCGAAUGCCGUAAACCCGGUAGUAAAUGCUUCAGUUUUCGAAUGCUGUAAACCUGGUAGUAAAUGCUUCGGUUUUCGAAUGCACAUCGGAAGUCGAGCAUGCCAUGCGGCUUCCAUAUUGACUUUUCCAUUUUGAGACUCCUGUAUUGAGUUUUUGGUUUUUGAACGUUUAGGAACAAUCUUCCGGAACGGAUUCAGUUCAAAAACCGAGGUACCACUGUAACAGUUUGCUCACCCUGAUAGCCCAUUUGUGAUAUGGCUUUCAAAAUCUGCUGUAUCUGUGGGUAAAUGUGGCCUGCUCACCUUGGGCUCCCUUAAAGCAGCUCUUUGCAUCUGAGACGUUUUAUGCAUCUUUUCACACUAUCCAUCUUUAGAACAAAUCAAACAAACAAAAAUCAAUACUUUUAGUUUCCCAGGUUGUUGGUAAGCAGGAUAAGACUAGAACUCUAUAGACCAAAGAUUCUGGGGCAGAUUAUACUAAUUAAAGUUCAAAUAAGUCUUUAAGAAUGACAGAAAUGGUCCGUUACGAUAGAAAAUGGUGCUUAUGUUGCCAAGAUGUAGGGGGAAAUAGGCAGUGAUGUUACUUGGAUGAACUUCCAUUUUAACACUAGGUUGGAACAAAGAAUCAACUUAGUAAACUCAAUAGAUAAAUACUUGCAAUAUUUUGUAACAUUAACAGUAAUGCGUCUUUGUCAAAUGUGUUUGCACAACAUACUGUUUACAAAUCAAUCUGGUCAGGUCUCUUGUGAACCUGCCAAUUCAUUAUAUGCACAGUUUUCAACUAUUUCUGCCUUUUUAUAGUUAAAAGAAUACAAGCAAUCCUUGUUUUGUGCAGGGGUUACAUUCCAAACCCCCACAGACAUCAGCUGAGUGCGCGUAAGCCCACCCUGCCCCUUUUCAUGAUGUCUUUAGGACAUCGGGGGGCUACUUUUGGGUUUGGUGACGUGUGUGUGAUCACGCAUCAUUUGGACAUGCCUGAAUCACUUGCUGCCUCUAUUAUGAUUCAAAAGUAAAAGCAAGAUGUGGAAGAUAGAUGAAUUUAUACUAUAUAAGCACUAGAUAAUUGUGACAUCAGUUCUUUUUUUAAAAAAGUUGAUUUUUUAAAAAGUUCUGUUGAUUUACUUGGAAAUGAGGUUCCUUUGAAAUAUGCUUAGGACUGUAGCCAUUGACAGUUUUGCAGUGCCACAGGGUCACAUUCUAUUUAGCAACUAUAUAAACUAAGUUGGAAGCAGGAGCAAGAUUUAUGGUUGAAGUUGCUGAUAAAAUUGGACAAAUAGUGGAUCAAAUUAAGAUGGGUAGACAGGUGGAGAAAUGUGUGAACAGACUUGUAGGAUGAACAAAUAAGCAACAAAUUGAAUUUAGAGUUAGAAAAGCAUCAGGGCACGAAUGUGGAGAAGUGAAGGUAUGUAGCAGAAGUAGAAGCAAAAGCCUGAAGACACUGGGGAUUUUGAAUUUAUAUAAACAGGAUUACACCUGAAUACUGCUGAAAGUACUUCUGGUUUUCAAUAUGCAUGCUUUCUACCAGAGAUCCUUUCAGCAUAUCUGGAUUGAAUUGUCACCAGAAAAGUAUUAUUUCAUCUUAAAAAUACCCUCUUCAUAUCUAAAGACACAAAAGUUACAUGCAAAUCAAUCAGAAAAUGACCUUGCAAUAUCCUGAUUGUUUAAAAUACUGAAGAUAAAUAAAAACUGCAUAGUAUUUCCAGUUUUAUAGGAGUAUACACUUGUCAUGUGUUUAGUUUGGAGGUCAGACCUAAUAAAUUAUUCCCAUCAUCAUCAUCAUCAUCAUCCUACCGUUCACUCUUAGGUCCUAGGGCAAGUUACAACACUUAAAGCACAACAUUAAAAAGAGUGAAUCCUAAUAAUAUACAUUUCAAAUAUCAAAAGCCCAGGGUUAAGGGAUGCAUUUUCAGCAUUCCCUAGAGCUCUUUUCAUAUAACGUGUUCUGGAUAUCUGGUAUAUAUACACAAUGCAGUAGUAGCUUCUUACAAGUUAGCAUGCACUUUAUAUCCUUCAAGGACCUUUUCCAGCACGAAAGCUUUUACCACAAACACAUAAUAGCAUAUUGGCAAUUAGGUAGACAAUUAGGGACACGGGUGGCGCUGUGGGUAAAACCUCAGCGCCUAGGACUUGCCGAUCGUCAGGUCGGCGCUUCGAAUCCUCGCGGCGGGGUGCGCUCCCGUUGCUUGGUCCCAGCGCCUGCCAACCUAGCAGUUCGAAAGCACCCCGGGUGCAAGUAGAUAAAUAGGGACCGCUUACUAGCGGGAAGGUAAACAAAGUUUCCGUGUGCUGCGCUGGCUCGCCAGAUGCAGCUUGUCACGCCGGCCACGUGACCCGGAAGUGUCUGCGGACAGCGCUGGCCCCCAGCCUCUUAAGUGAGAUGGGCGCACAACCCUAGAGUCGAACACGACUGGCCCGUAUGGGCAGGGGUACCUUUACCUUAAUUAGGUAGAAUACAGGCUAAUUAUGUUUGAUUUUGCACCAAAAGUUUAGUUCUGUAGAAAAGCCUGGACUGUUAACUUUCUAUGCUGUUUCAUUGUCGUAUAGAACUUGAUUUCAUAGUUCUCUUUGGCAUGCCAACUACCAGCCAGAUGGGUGGGGUAUAAAUAAUAAAAUUAUUAUUAUUAUUACAUUUGGUAUUUGCUGUUGCAAUUAUGCAGAAGCUGAUCAAAUGCAAACUCGAGCUUUAAUCCACUGUUGUAAUAGUAGUUUGGUUUUUUUUUUUAGCAUUGGGCGGUGUCUGUGUGUGCCUACUGGUUCCAUGUGACUGUCUCAGUUUGUGGUAACCAUGUGUAGCGAAAGUGCACAUAGCAGGGGCUUGUAAAUUUUCAUGGCACCUGUUAGCCUUUUCUGUUAACUGCCACAUCCCCUUUUGUAAUUUAUUGCAAUAAAAUUGUAUAUCUGUUUGCAUCUAGCUAUUGGGAGCCACUUCACUCAAGGCUAUCUUCCUGCAGGAAAAAUAGAGGGUAGAUGAUAAUUUGGGACACAUACAAGUUACAUUUGUGUAGGAAAGUUUUACAAAGUGACCUCCGGUUAUCGUUGAUACUGCCUAUGCUGUUUUCCUUUUAACUGCAUGAUCUAAAAUUGAACCAGCACACUGCUUGGAAUGCACCAUGAUCUUAGUUAACAUUCAUUUUUUCACUGAUAGGUAGCAAGUAAAAGCUAGUACAAAUUGGGAAAAAUGACAUUUAUUACUAUGCUGCUGUAGUUCACGUAACACAAAAUGCACUCGUCCCAGAAUAUUCCUACAAUAAACAAACACUUUGUCUUGGAGAGUGGCGGUCAUUCUCUAGAGUUAUAGAUAUUUGAUCUGUGUGGUUUCUCCCCCUCCCCCCAUUUCAAAACAGAUACUGUGACUUUUCGUUUGUGAACAGUUGAGAAUAGCAGUGAACAUAUGGAGUUCUACAUUUGGUAUUUGCAGCUCAUUAAGAGCUUCCACUGAAAAUUUAUCUUGAAAAAAGGUCUUGCAUUGUGCUCUCAAUCUUUAAAUGAAUAUGUUUAUCUUGUGGCUUCAAUUGCUCAGAGAAUAUUGCUUUGAAAAAAAACAACAAAAAACAAGAUUGCCAAGAAGCCAGGCAACACUUUUCAGUCUUUAUUACACGCCAUUAUUUUACUGUGUAAGUGUGUAGGUUUGACUUCUUGUUGCUUUCCCACUCUUUCUAUGUAGUUUCAGAAAAAACACUUCUCUUAAGCAGAUCUCCUCAGUGUAAAAUUUCUUAAAUUCAGUGGCCAGCUUAAUUUCAAUGUGUGUGAACCUUUGGAUAUACAGAAGGGAUAUUUUAGCUACACUGCAUCAUUUUGAUGUUUGCUUAAAUGUUUGUCACUUUCACACACUUGUGGUGGGGGUAAUUUUCUAAAACCUUCCUGCUCAUUCUGCAUGGUACUGUGGGGUCUGCCAUUGUGGAGACCAUAGAACAGCUUAGCAAGUUCUUGAAAGCUGCUUGCGCAAGGGCUAUGUGUGUGCUAUAAUAAUAAUAAUAAUUUAUUAUUUGUACCCCAGCCACACUAAUGUGCUACAAUUUAAUGAGAUGCAUGUAAGAAAUUGUAUUAGGGAUGCUUUCCUCAUUGCAGUGUUUUGUUUUUUUUAAGUAUUCAUCAUUUUAUAACAUCUAUUUUUAAAUAUCUUUUUUGGAUUGCCCUCUCUGAUGGUACUUGAAAAUGAACCCAUGCAGCACAAGCCAUAGGUGCCAUUGAGAAAACGAGAUUCAGUGACAGCUUAGAAUUUACAAAGCAUGAACAACUUAGGUCCAAGGUACCUUGGAGACCACCUAAACCUUUAUAUCCCAGCUCCAGAGCGUCUGCAGCAGUGUCGUUGGUUGUUCCCCAAGUUGGUGGUGCUCAUUUGACAUCAACAUGAAAUAGAGGAUUUAGUGUCCCCAUUCCAGCUCUGUAGAAUUCUCUGCCAGUAGAAAUUCAUCAGGCUCCUUCAAUUUCACCCUUUAAACUUCUGCUGAAAACUAUUCUGUUCUGCCAGGCUUAUGCAGGCAAUUAAGAAUACAUCUUUCCAUAAUACGUAGUUGAUUGUGUCAGAUUUCAAAUUUUGUAUGUGUUUUUAUAAUAUGUGUACAUAACUGUGAAGCAGUUUGCUAUUUUUUAUGCUAUAGUGCAGGGAUGUCCAACAUGUUGAUUGCGAUCUACUGGUCGAUCCCUGUGAGGUUUUGGUAGAUCGCGGUCGAUCACUGGCCCCCUUCUGGCCCCGCCCCCUCUCCUUGCGCCGGCCUCUAUUGUUACAGAAGGGAAGUCGGAGUUUAGAAAUGGAGGUUGUUAUCUGGCCAGCGAUGGUAAGAUUAGUGGCUGCUUCUGUUCCUCCCUCCCUCAGAAGAGCUGCAAAAAAAGUCCCCAAAAAAGCUCAACAAUUUUGAGGGUAGAUCACUGCCAGAUUUUAAUUUUGAAAGUAUAUCGCAAUCUCUCCAGAGUUGGCCACCCCUGCUAUAGUGAUAUAUACUUAUUUUUUAUUAAAUAAAUAAUUUGUCUUUUAGAUUGUCUGGGGAAUAUUUUUUAUCCUGGUGGCCCUGCUGUUUGUUAUUUCACUCUUCUUGUCCAAGUAAGUUUAUAGUGUGCUUUCUAUAUUUAAAAAUGAGGCUGUGUGAAAUUAUAUUACUUGCAAAGUGGAAUUCACGCUAACCUUUCAUGUGAAUAUGUUUCUCGUUUACCACCCCAAAAUUGAGAGUGGGUAUGAAUCCAGUGGUUUAAAUACAGAAGUGAACACAGUUUAUUAAAUAUUACAUCUCUCUUUCGAAUUUUCCCUUAUUGCAAUGUGUUUCGCUCAAAGCAAGCACUUGCUGCAUUGCAUCUUUUAGUUCUUGAUGAUCAGCAUAUACACUGAAGUAAAAUAUUGUGCAAAACUUGCUCGAACUGAUCUUGAAAAACUAAAAGAAAAGAAGAAUGCCUGUAUACACUCUUAACUGAAUAAAGAUUUCUAGGGAACCAUUCCUGAUUUGCUUGCAAUAUGGAGAUAUUCAGGUAGUGAAUAUGUAUAGGUAGGCAGCUGUUACCUAUGAAAAGGUGACCUAGAAUUUGCAGCAAAUUCAGUUUUUAAAACAGAUGUCAGUGGCAUAAUGUGCAUAAUUCUGCCUUGUCAAAAAAUAUAUGGGCUGCUAGUCGAUGUGUGUGGGCUGGAAUGGUUAAUAUGCUGCGACUAGAUUUGAGCCUAUGAAAAGAAGUCAGGGGGGCUAUGAAAUGGAAAAAAAAUAUUGUCUAAACUCACUCCUAGUUUAUGGGUUCCUCAAAAGAUACUUCCCCUGUGAUUCUCCACACUAAUAAUGAAUUGAGGUCUUGGGGCGGUGGUUGAAAGAAUGGAAAGGGUCCUGGCAAAAUGUCCAGAAUUAAUUUCAAAGCAAUGUUUGUUCGUGGAGGCAGCCUACAGUUAUGUGCACAUUAGCUAGAACUUCUUUACUUUGAAUCUUCACCCCGAUACAACUCAAGAAAUGAAACAGGAUUAUUUCAGGUUGGUCUGGUAAUAUGAGUAAGUGUUGCAGAAUGAAUUAUGACACUAAAGUUCGGACAAAGUAUAGGCAGCUCCCCGUUGGCAUGCGUUUGGCAUGCCCUCGACCACUAGCAUGCACAACCUUUGCAGUCCCGGAAGUGAGUGGGGUGGGGACAAGGGCAGAACAGGGUGGGGUGGGCUUACACGGUCCACUGACGUGUGCGGUGCCUCAGAACACAACCCCCGUGCAAACAAGGGAGUUUCCUGUACUCUGUAUGUAGGGCUGGUGUUUUCAAAAAUCAAGAAAUAAUCUCUUUUUUUGAAAUUGCAACAGUUUGGAUAAAGCACUGCACUCAGCUGGCAUCGACACUGGAUUUAUAAUCCUGGGAACAAAUUUGACCAAUCCAUUGAAUAUGCUGUUACCCAUUCUACAAACUGUGAGUAAAAGAUAAUGGAAGCUUGUAACGCCAAUGGUAACUCUUCAGUGAAUUCUCCAGUGAAACAAGGUUAUUGUUUAAACAGAGGCAAAUACGUUCCUACAGGCCAUGGUUAAUUUUGGCAUUACAUAUGAAUUAGACCUUUGGGGUUUUGGUAUGGGUAUAUUACUGGAAUUGCCACUGGGCACAUUUUGAAUUUUGAGAGACUGCUGAGGAUGCCAGUGAGAAAAUGGCUGCCACAGAGGCAUAACUCAAAAUUUGAGGCGGAUACCCCCACCAGCAAGUGAACAUUCCUCUGUACCAUAAUAAUGCUCAUUUCACAUAAAUUACUUUGAAGGUGCCUGCACGUUUGCUUCAUAACUUUGCUCCCAGGAUGAUUAGACUUUUUUUUUUGUAUAAUGCAAGCAUAGUGUCUCAGGUACCAGUGAAAGUCUUAACCCCUGGUGUAUUAGAUGUAAUCUUGGGGCAAAAUUAAGUUAGCCCUGGUAUGCCCCCCCCCCCCCGAUCUGUCAUUUUAUUAUGGCAGGGAUUGUGUUUUAAACUGGAAGAGUUUCAUGAAAUUUAAACUCUAAUUUAUUUUUUGUCUUCUAGGUCUUCCCCCUUGAUUAUAUCCUCAUCACUACUAUCAUCAUGUACUUUAUAUUCACCUCAAUGGCAGGAAUUCGAAACAUGGGAAUAUGGUUCUUCUGGAUAAGGGUAAAUAUAGAGAGAUUUAUUUAUUACAGUUGUAUCCUACCCUUCUUUCAAUAAACUUGGUGUGUUGCAGAAGUGCUGCCACAUUGUGUAUAUACAUAUACAAUAGAGACAUUAUAUGGAGAAUGUAAAGAACUACAGGCAAUGCCCAUUUUGUACAUGUUCAAACAUGCAAAAAUGUGCAUGCGUGCAUUGCCGGAAUCCGGAAGUGGUUGGGAAAGGGGGCAGGGUAGGCUUACACGUGCUACGUGGGGGGAGGGGGGGAGGAAUGCAACCCCUACACAAAUUGGGGUUCCCUGUAUGUAUAAUGUUUAAUGUGUACAGUGUUUAAAACCAAAUCUUACAAAUACAUCUCCUCUCUCUCUGCAUGCCCCAUAUACUCUCCCCAAAUUAGCUCUGGAAGAGUGAGAGAAACCCCAGAACACAUUUAGGGGAUGAGCAGGGAAAAGAGAGGGAGAGAAGGCCCCAUUGUGGACAGAACUACUUCAUUGGAUAUUGCUCAUUAUAUUCUUCCUUGUUGUGGAUCUGAUACAGAAAAUUGUAUUUUAACAGUUGAUUGCCUUAUUAUGCUGUUAAUCUUCUUGAGUGCCUCAGCCCAAACGCUCACUACCUGCAGGCACUUCAACAUGUUUAAUUCUAUUAAACAUAUACUUCAUCUUAAACAAGGCAUUUUUUAAAAAAGAGAGGCUCGCUAUAAAAGGAACUUGUAAAAUCUAGUAAUAUGAUUUUUAAUUUUAAAAAAUGCCCAGUUUGAAAGUGAUUUGCUCUGUGCAAAAAUAUAAGAUAAAAUAAGGGUCUAUAUAUAGAUUGCUCUAUUGUAGGCUUCCUGCUCCAGCAUUGCAGUCACCAGCUCAUAUUCCUUCAGGGCCUCUCUGAUUUUGAUGCCCUAGCCUCAUUUCCGCCCAGAGAGCUAUUAGCACCAUGCUGUUUCAUUUUGAUUGAAGCUCUGUGCCCACCUUAAGUCUGUAGAAUGUGCUAUUCUAAUUCUGCUGGUGAAAUGGACUAAUGGGGAAAUUUUGUUAUAUGGCAAGUCUCCUAAUUCAUACUUUAAGGCUGCAGUCAUACACUGACUUACCUGGGAGUAAGUGCUGUCAAAUUGAAUGUGGCUUAUUUUUGAGUAUACAUCUAUAGAAUUGCAGUGCAAGACCCCUUUCUACCACAACACUCCAUGGUUGGGAAAGGAUUGUGGUGUCCAUUGCUAAGGCAUUUGAGUGGGCUUGGCUAAUGACAUGUAAAAAUUGUGUUUGCUCUUACAGUCCUACCACCCUUGUCCUCACAGUUCUCUUGCUCUACUGCAGAUGACUUCCAUCAGUUUUCCCUUGCUGCGCUUUUGUCUUGAACUCCCUCCCAAAACACCUGUGUGGAAUUGUCCCUCUUCCCUCCCCACUUUCAAUCAUCUCUUGUAAAAAUAAAUAAAAGUGAGAAGUAUUUGAUGUAACUAGCCCCUUGAUAGAUUCCCCAUCCACAAUAACUUGAACUUUAGGUACUAGCAUUUGCUUUCAUUCCUCCCUUGCCAUAGUUUUCUCUUGCCUCUCAUCAUUCUUUCUUUCCCCUGUUUCUCUCUACUUGGCUGUUUUUAGAUCGUAAACAGCAGUUGUUUAAACAAUUUGACAUUCCUUAAACUCCUCUACCCACUACAGUGUCAGCUGUAGUAUUAUUAUUAUUUCUUAUGGUACAGCAUUUGCUUUCUAUGUUAAGGAUCCCAAAUUCAAUUUGUGGCAUCUUCAAUUUUUUAAAAAUGAAAAAAAUUAGAUAGGUAAUGGAAAACGGAAAGGCCUUUGUUCCUGAGUCCUUGGAAAGCCAUUGCUCGUCAGAAUAGGCCACACUAGGUUAGAUGGACCAAUAGCCUUAACACAGUGUAAAGGCAGCUUCCUCUGUUCUCCUGUUACACUACAUAAAAAAGUAGGAAUGAUCAUGAUUAGUACAAGCUGAAUGUGAAGCACCAAGUAUCAAGAAAAUUAGUAUCAAGAAAAUUAGUACUUCAGUAAUAGAAAUCCUGUUCUUAAAAAGUUUUGUAAGCUCUUUAAGUCUCGGAAAGGUGUCACAGAAAUAUUUUAAAAUAAAAGACGAGGUCUGCCCAAGGCAUAAUGUUGGUGGAAUUCAUAUUAAUAUUUUUGCUUUUAGCUGUACAAGAUCAGACGGGGGAGGACAAGGCCACAGGCGCUUCUCUUUCUCUGCAUGAUACUGCUGUUGAUUGUUCUUCACACCAGCUACAUGAUAUACAGCUUGGCACCUCAGUAUGUUAUGUAUGGAAGCCAAAAGUACCAAUCUCUGGUAAGAAUUGUUGUGUGUUGGGGGAAAUGAGGUACAUUUUGAAGUGGGAAUAAUACAGUGUUUUAGUAGGUCUUAUAUUCAGUCUAUAGAAGAACUUACUUUCUCCCAAGCCCACAUUCCCAUCAUGUUCACACUUCUAUCUCAGUGACGUCCACACUGGCUUGGUCAUGUAUACAGAAUGGAAGAAGGCAGGACUCCCAGGGAUCCCUGCACUCUUCCACUGCGUCCUGAGAUAGACGGAUGACAGCAACAAUAUUUUCACUGGUUAAAAAAAGUGAUGCCAAAACACAAAGGACACAUGCUGGAAGCUUGGGCUGAGUCUGGAACAGAUUGAAGGAGCCAUGGAACUGCUUCAGCACAGAUCAAGCUCACAGCAUCAUUCAACUGGCUUCUAGCAGCACAGUUAAUUGAGUUGAGCUGGGGCCAUACUGAAGCUAUGCCAUGACAACUAUGUAUUGGACAUUGCACGGUAGUAGUGUAUAUUAUUUGCUUGUUUUAUUUUAAUUGGUUUCUGUAGUAAAGCAACUCACAUUCUGUUCCAAUAAAUGCUGUGGCCUGAGCCACAAUAUAUUUAUCUCUUUCCCAAUCUGUUAGUCUCCAGAUGGUGUUAGACUUCAACUCCCAUCAUCCCUGACCAUUGACCGUGAUAGUUGGGGCUGAUGGGGAUCUGUAGACCUAAACAUCUGGUGGUCACCAGGUUGGGCAAGUCUGGAAUACUACUUUUGCAAUAAUUUUGCAUAGUUUGUUCUUUUUCUAUACACAGCAUGUUUUGCUGCUAACACUGGUAGUUGUAUUCAUCAAUCUAGUCAGUUGCAAUUUCACAAGGUUUUGCCCGUGCACUUUCAAGAGUAUCUUUGCAAUCAUAAGGGCUAGGAACUUGCAGUAUUUGCUUUUGUUUAGCUUCAGCAACAUAAUACGGCGUUCUGCUCUUGAAUGGAACUGUGGCAUUCACACAGCUCUCUUUUGCCCUGGUCUAAAAUAUAUUAGCAUUCCAGGGACAGUAAGAAUCCUGAUUAGUUAAUUAAAGCAGAUACUUGUCUUGAUUGACAGGACAGUUGAUUUUAGAAAUGUUUGGUUAUUUUAAGUUGGCAUUUUAUAUUAAUGUUGUCUUUUUGUUGCUUUACGGGCACUCUCUUUGGACAGACCUUGCCUGAAAUUGUGUGAUGAUUCUUGUGUUUCUGUCUUAAUUAAUAAAUAGCUUACAGAUUGCUUUACAAAACUUUUAAUAACAUUAACAAUUUGAAAUUUAGUUGUGGUUCUUCUGAUAGUAAAUGAAACCCAAAUACCUCAUUCACAAGCAAAACUAAGGAAAGAAUUAUUGUAGCCUGUUGUGCCAAAACAAAAUAAAUCAUGUAUCUGUAGUAUUCAUAUUAUAACUGUUUAAUGAAAUAAUCUUCUCUCCACACAGAGUAAUAUGACAGUGGAUGGACACUUGACAAAUGUGACAACGUGGGUGCCUAAAGUUUGUGAUGCAGAUGCCCCUGCAAGUAAGACAACUUUGGAUUCUACUCCAACACAUUGUUAAAGUACCUUAAAUAUACUUCUAUCAGAACCACUGAAAUUUAACUUAGCAACAUUGAAUACCUAUUUGAAGGUCUUCCACAGACUUUAAUGUACUGUAUUUUUCUGUCUACAAGACAAUGUUUCCUCCCCAUUUUUAAAGUCAAAAAUUGGAGGUUGUCUUAUACAUGGAUUUAUACGGUAAGUCUUGGGUGAGCUGGCAGCUCCUGAGUCAGUGAGUGCCAAGAAGCUGGCUGGAGAGGCGAGGUGGUACCAAGGUGAGGAGGGAGCUCAGCCAUCAUGACUUAGUAGCCUUUGAUAGUCCUGGGCACCAUACAGUUGUCUAAACACAUUUUAAUUGUUCUCCUGUAUUGGGGAUGGCGAACCUUUGACCCUCAAGCUCCAGCCACCAUGGUCAACCAUUUGGGAUUGUGAGAGCUGAAGUUUAGUAAUACCUGAAGGACCACAGUUUCAUUACUGUUCCAUAUGCUUGAUAAUUUUAUCUUUAAUAGUGCUUUCCACUAGUUUGAGACAUUCAGUUAACUUGCGUGAAAUUUCAUGCACCCCCAUGCUACUUUGGCUGCUCUCUAGUCCUCUGGUACUAAGGCUGAUCUUGAGGACAAAUUGAUAUUUGUUGUUGAAAAAUCAGCAAUUUCAUUUUGGAGUUCUUGAGAUGUUUUAGGUGGACCCCAUUCUUUUUUUCUAUAUGAGGCAUUGCAAUGAAUUGGUGGCUUUCCUUUCUAAGCUGAAUCUUUGACCAGCUAAGUUUCUAAAAGCCAUGUUUUUAUUCAAAUGAGUGAAAAAGUGAUGAGAACUAUUUCAUCUAUGCACUGCAUUUCUGGUUUCUUACUCAUUCUACCUGCUGGGCAGCCGCAGUAUGCUCUUUUAAUCUGGUCCCGCCCCUUAUCACCUUCCACUCCAGUUCGCUUCUGCUCUGAAGUGUAUUUUCUUUAAACAUUAGCAGAACUUGAAGACUAAAAAAUAUGGAAUAAUGACUCUUUGGCAUCUUUAUCCUUAGCUAACAAUCUGUAAAAUUAAUUGCUAAAAUUAGACACUUAACACUUGCAUAUUUUUUUCAAAUGAUUUUUAUUGAAUUUGACAGAGCAGCUAUCCCAAGUACAGACAGAAAGCAAAAAAAAAAAAAAGAUAAUCUCCCACCGCACAAUAAAAUCCCCUAACACUGGUAUAUUUAUGACAUAGAAGAACUUGUGCUUCUACCAGAAAUAUGUGUUGUCAGUUUCAGAGUCAUUCAAUAAUAAAUUGCAAAUUGAUAGUUUUCUCUCCUUUUUGCUCUCAGACUCUUUUGUUAGUCAGUGGAUGAAAGAUGGAAAAGAAGACAUUUAAGCUGGGCCUCUCUCCUGAAGUUUUGGGAAAUUAUAGGUUAAAGAACAUCCAUUUCUCUGUUUAAAGAUUAGUAGACUUUGAUCCACAGUAUCUGAGAAUUGCAGCUAACAAAUCCUUUAUACCUUAAUACACUUCACAUUAUGGAAUCUUCAUACAUUAACUGUUUCUGCAUUUAGGAGAGCAUUUAUCUUUGCUCAUUUUAAUGUACUGCCUUUUGCACUGUUAAGUUGGCAAUUCAACAUGAUCCUGGUUAAUGAACAGUUUUGUUUUUGUGGAGCUGGAGCAAUAGAUUCUGUUGAUCAUAUUCCUCUGCACUGUAACUUAUAUAGUGAGUGUAUAUAGUACAGUUUAUGAAGAACUCUUCCAGGAAAAUCUCCCAAAGAGCCUGUAUUGUUCUGCUUAAGGGAUGCUUACUUUUGUAUUGCUGGUAGGGUUGCAAAAACUUUUCUCAUUCAGUGCCGAUCAGGAGAAAUUUACUGCUAGCUGCUGCUGCUGCUUCUUCAGAGAGAGAAGUAUAUUUAUAUGCAUCUGUUUUUACAAGCUGUAUUUUUAAUUUGUGUACUUAAUUUUCUUGGUGUGUGUGACCAUAAUAAACAAUUCAGUUCAGGACGUGAGUUGUAUUGCAUAAUGCCUGGCAAAUAUUAUUGCCGCUCUAGAGAAGUAACAAAGACAUUGCAAGUGUAGAGCUAAGGUACUGAACGAGUGUCAUGUUUCAUUAUGAUAUUUCAUGAAGGUCAAACAGGUCCAAAAUUUCUACUAUAAUUUGUUUAGUCAGAUUACUGUAGAGAGCCAUCUGUAGGUCUGUUUGUUACUCUUUAAUUCAGGUGAGCAGCUGGAGGGGUUGCAGAUGGUGCUAAAAAUGUGCUGUCCUGAUCUACUAAUUAAAUGUUUUAUUUCCUUUUCUCACAUUGGCCAUAGUGGCUGACAACGUAGGAAACCUUUUUCACAGACCAGUUAGAUCUAUGCCUAUAUUUUGGUUUUGUCUUUUCUAGAUUUCUUUUAUUUUUAAAAUCACUUGUCUUUCACCUUUCAACUCUCAAAAUGGCUCUCAGUUUGUCUUGCAAACCAAAUAAUACAAUACAAUACAAUAUACACAAUAAACAAUACGAUACAAUAGGAAAGAAAUGGGGAGCAUUACAAAAUAGAGCAAAACCAAACCUAUUUUGCAGGCAAGAAUCUAAUGCUGCUCAAAGGCCUGGCAGAACAAAAAGGUUUAACUGCUCACCUAAAUCUCUCUCAUAUACACACAAAUACAUACACACAUGUAUGCCAACUGAACAUCCCUUGGGCUGGAAUUCCACAACCAGGGUGCUGCAACCAAGAAGGCCUGGUCAGUUUACUAUGUUAGUCAUCCCUCAAAAAUUCUGUAGCGAGAACGUUUGGGUAUUAUUUUUAUGCUUGCAUUUGAUGAAAUAGUUGUGAGAUGUUCAUGAAAGGACCACUAUGCCAGAAAUCUUUGAUGAGGCUCCGGUUACCACAAAGAUACUGAAAGUAUCCUGGGAAAUGGAGUAAUGAGGUCUUGUGGGGCUAGCUGGAUUAGGAGCCCAGCACGUUCAUUGACCAGACACAAAAAAAUUGCAGAUCUCCCUCUUCACUUGAGGGUGGGGAAUGACAGCAUAAGGCUAGCUGACACAACUGCCGAGUGUAAGGUGUUUAAAAUUCACUCUGUUAUGGAAAUUUGCAAUUCAGGAGAACUUGAUUCUCCCUAAUAUGAAUGGGCACUUGUUCUAAGUAGCAUUGCCAAGAAUAGGAGUUAGUGAACUGCUUGGGGAUACCCAAUCUGUUCUCUAGAACUAAUUGCAGCGUUGAAUUAGAUCUAAUUGGGAAAAUGUCCACUUUGUAGUGAUUGCUACACUAAAUCACUCUUCUGCCUAAUACUGCUCGUUACAUAGAAAUCAUUGGAAAGCUUGAAAUGUUUUGAAUAACAUACUAUAUGUGAAUGGUAUUAGUCUUGCAGUCUAAGAUCUGUGUUGGAGAAAUACCAGUCUUUCUUACAUUAAGCCUUCUGUUAAGAGCCUCACUUUUCUGUGGUGUGUUUCAGUAUGUGAAAAGUAAGUGACAGCUCAUCUAGAACAGUCUUUUUCAGCAUGUUUCCACCAUGUAUUAAUGAAAUUGUGCUGUGCCAUAUCUUUCUGACUUAGCUCCUAUAUAUGAACUUCUCAUUUCAGGACAGUACUGUAACUCCUAAAUGCUGUUUUGAAUGUUGCCUAUCUGGUAUUCUACAUCUGAUUUUAAAAUACGCUUCUGAAAGAAGAGACCCUAACAACAUUCAGGCAUGGUUCAUACCAAUGUAAAGCAUUCCGUAUUCCUUGCGAAAGCCUCCUUAACAGAUUUCUUUUCUGGAUUCGUCUUCUUUCACUGAGACUUCAAAGCCAGAUGUGUCAAACGAUCAUUCCUACAUAUUUGCUCCUGUAGUUCAAAGUCAUCAAGUCUCCAGAGAAACUUUUUCUGGAAAACACAUCCCCACCUUCCUCUGUAGAUAUUGCUGGGAUUCCUGGCUUGGUAGACAUAGGGUUUUGCUCUCCACUGCGUCAGCAUAGUCUGAGAAGCACAUCUGUACUUUGACCUAGUUUCACAGAAUCUUCUUCAACAGCAGUUCAGGUUGUCUUAUUAUAAGUCCUCUUCUUGUUCAGGUCUACUAAAUAGUACUUUGCAAAAUAUCCUAGUAGUAAAUAUGUUGUGGUGAGUUUAAGGGAAACCUCUGCAAUGUUGAGAUGCAAACUAGGCAAAAACGAGAAAUAAAUUCUCAAGUUAAUUUUUUCUUGUUUUCCAUGACAAAUCCUGCUCUCUUACUCCCCCCCCCCAUCUGCACCCAUUAUGACCUUGAACAUUGCCCAACAGCUUUGGAAACCAGUUUGGGUGCAUAUUAGUUUAAUACAAACCAUGUUGGAGUAAUGCUGAAGGAUAGUUAACGUAGAAGACAGGUAGUCAAUGUGAUGCCUUCCAGAUAUGGAAGGCUCUAUCAGACUCUAGGCUCCAUCAGCUCCAGCCAGCAUGCCUAAUGAUCGGAGAUGGAGGAAGUUGUAGCUUUACAAUAGCUUGGGGUCUGAAAUCAUGUUGGUGUGUUAAAAAUGGGAGCCCCCACAAGAUCAUUUAUAGCGCAGUUUGUUAUUUUUCUUCCCAUAUAAUGGCUUAAUUGGGAACAAGUGUGUAUGUGUAAACUUCCUUUGAAAGCCAUUGUAAGAAAAUAUGCAUAUCUUUAAUUUGUAAGUAAAGGAAGGAAGCAGAAGAAAGUAGAACACUUGGUAGAUGUCACUUGGUUCUGCUGAUUGUACCCUUUAAUUUAGGAAGGUAGUAGAGAUGAGCGCCGCAACCCCAGAGUCGGUCACAACUGGACCUAAUGAUCAGGGGUCCCUUUACCUUUUUUAAAAACCAAAUCUUGCUUGUGAGAUGUAGCUGGGCCUUAUUGUAAUCUCCUAGCAAUGUCCAAUAAAAAAAAUCCAGAACACUUUUCAUAGGAAGGGGCGAGUUUUAUUCAAUUUUCAUAUUCACUUCAAAUACAAGAGUGCAAGAGUCCAUAUGAGGUUUUGAAAAAUGUAAAUGCAUUCUAAGAUUUUGAUCAAACAAAACUGUCUGUAUUGGUAUAAAAUAAGAACAUUGAUUUCUUCUUUGAAAUAAAAAAAAUGUCUUAGUACUUAAUAAAUUUAUGUGAUAGUGGUACCUUCAAUUUUAAAGUAACUGUCUUUUAUUUUUAAGAGAACCCAUGCAUGUUUUAGCAGUUGUGACUUUUUAAAGCAGUGUAUUCCCUAAAAUUAAUAACAUUUUUUUGCCACACACUUUUAAGUUUUGUUCUUUUCUUUUCUUCCAGAUGAAUGCACUGUUACUCGGACUUACCUGUUCCUUCACCAGUUUUGGUUCUUCAGUGCUGCAUAUUACUUUGGCAAUUGGGCGUUCAUUGCAGUAAGUAAACUUAUUUGUAGGUCAUUAUAAAUCCAACUGAACCUUUUAACAUAAUUGCAAUUAUCAUAUCAUUUGAUACACAGCAAUGUUGCCUGACUCUAAAUCUGUUACUCCCUUGAACUGAUCACCAAUAAUGCAUUAUACUGAUUUAAAUUCACAGGUUUUCUUAAUUGGAUUAAUUGUGUCAUGCUGCAAAGGGAAAAAAUCUGUUAUUGAAGGUGAAGUGGAUGAAGAUGAUUCAGAUAUAAGUGAUGACGAGCCAUCCCUCUAUUAUGGUUGACAGCCCAUAAGUUCUGAAGGUUAAAGCAUGCAAUUUAAAACUGUGAAAAUGCCACCAUUGGACUUUACUCUCGGAAAAGUUCACAUAUUUGCCAAUGUGGAAAAUGAAAUCUUUAAGUAUACUAUUGUAUUAUAGUUAAGCUAAUAUGUACAUAUAUAGUCACAAAGGAGCUAAUUUUAUGAAGGAAUGAUUAAACAGUACUAUAAUUUUUUUCCAAUAUGCACUCUGCGGUCAUUAUGUUAGUUGCCUUUUUGCUGGUCUUGAGCUUUAAAUUACUUUAUGCCUGAUUCAAUUUGACAGUGCUGAAAAGUUAAUAUAAUCAAAUUGAUAAAUGCUUCUUACAGGAAAGCCAAGUUUAAAGUGCAGUGUUUUUUGAUUGUACAAUUAAUAUUUAGAACACACUAAAUAUUUUACAUAACAGCAGCUGUAAUCAUCAUUGUCAAAUGUUGGGUUAUUGCUGAUUUCAGUGAGAGGCCAAAUAAUAAUAAUAAAAACAGGAUGUAGUGAGAUGGGGAGCAGCACCUGGGCUUCCAUUUCCCUCCUUUGUCUCCUGCAGAAUUAUCUAGUAGAAUACAAGUGCCCUGGGAGAGCCUCGUCUUAUUAAAACAUUGGUUUUUCUGUAACCCAGUUAUGAAGAAUGGGAUUGUAACAGGGUUAACGAAAUUCCACAUUCAAAUGAAUGUGGGAUCUCCAGGUUUAGCUCUUACUAUGCACAGUGAUACAGACAGGUGAGAGAGGAUCAAUGUUUCUCUCAAUCUUGCUAUUCAUGGCAGGGGUGGGCUGGAGACAGCAGUAUUAUCUUGAUGAAUAUAUCCAGAUGUUUCUCUGUAAAAGCGGAGAGAGGCAAAACUUUAUUCUUUCUCCAUGGUCUAAACUUAACAGUAUAUGAAUUUUAAAAUAAGUUGAAAAAUUAAACACCUAAGUUAGUUACUAUUAUUUGCUAUGCCCUAACUUAAAUAUUUUGAUGUAGUUUUUUAAUUAAUAACUGUUGAAAUUUGUAUCCCUUGCCAUUUUGUUCAGUUAUACCUAAAUGCAAUGCAUAAACAUUUAAAAUCAUGCAAAGACUUUUUCCUGUAUCAUUUUGUAAAAUAAACUAAUCGGGAUCUUACUGACAUGUAUCUUUUCCAUAUUUUUGUAACCUAAACGUUAUUACAAAAUAAGUAAUCUUUACUGUUCCUUGACUUAGCUGCCAUUCAUUAAAUGAUUGCAGUUAAACAAGCCA